UGGGAUCAUGAUAGAGUGUCCCGCUCCCUGGCUCUCUAUCACUGCACUGCUUCCACAGCCCGGGGCUGACUCCUACACGCAAGGAGAGCUGUGCAGACAAAAAAAACGCGCUGUAGGGUUUCUUGUCCCAGCUCGGCUUCCGUAGUGUUGCGGCUGGGUACAGUGCGUCCUGGCAGGUGUCUGUAGAGAGUUACUGAGCAGCUCUCACCUCGGCUUCUCUAACCCCGACCUCAGGGCUCGUCCGUGACGUCACCGCACCCUGCCUGUGUCAGACAGUAUGUAUAGCGAUGUGUAUAGACAGCUAUAGCAAGCUAUGGCAACCAAGACACAGGCAAACGGGGGAGGAGGAGGGGACUUACAGUCCGUGACUGAGACUAACACAAUUAUGGUUAUAUUACAUGAGGAAAGGUGAAUCUAUGCAGCAAAGGUGCUGCUGAACUACAUUUCCCAUGAUUCUCAGCCAGCGCUGAACCUUAUGGGAAAUGUAGUUUAGAAACCUCUGAGUGCCCAUGCAAGUCAUCUGUGCAGUCAUAGCCUGUUAGUAAGGGCUGGAUGUUGAUCUCUAAGGAGGUAGACAGUAACAUUGACGUUUGUGUGUAAGAAAAUGGGAAUCUGGCUGUGUCUUCUGUAUCUCUAUGCAGAUCUAUUCGUGAUAUUUUUUUUUUAUUGUUUCCAGAUAACAAAGUGCAAAGAUAUUGUGGAAGAAGCUUCUGCGUUAGAAAGUAAACACAAGGUAAGUGUAAGAGAGGGUUGUCUGGCGUGUAUCGCUGGAAUUGAACAUACCUAGUUGGUGGUAUGACCGUGAUGGAGAUAUGCCCCUUUUUGGCACAAAGGACAAGUGGUUAUAAUGCAUUUUAAAACAAUGGUCGCAAAGCGCAUACUGCUAAACACAACUUUAGGUCGGUGCAAGCAUAAGUUAAACCCCCUUCACUACCCCUCUUGCCUUUUUUUUUUUUUUUUUUGGUGGGUUUGGCUGGGGUUGCUUUUUUUCGCAGUUGGCCAAGCGUGACUAUGUUUGGGGUUGGCAGACUGUGAUUGUGUGUGGGAGUAUGAUGACUAUUUCUUAUGGAGGUAGGGGAGUUUAAAGAUCAUUAUAGGGUCAGGAACACAAACAUGUAUUUCUGUCCCUAUAGGGUUAAAACCACCAUCUAGCCCUCUUGGGCCCCUCAUGCCUCCAUAAAUAUAGUAAAAUCUUACUGUAUUCAAGCCUGAAGCUGUAACUCUACAUGCUGUUUGCCUCAGAAAAACAAGCAGUCUGCUGACAUCAUCAGAAGUGGUAGCCUUAGAAAGAUAACUGUCAUCAAAUUUUCACUUCUCAUUUUUAAAACAGAAAAUUAAAUCAUACUUACCGUUAUUUGCUUGUCAGGGAUAUAUUUCAUGGAAGCACUACAGAUGGAUGCACAGGAACACCUCCUAAUUAAAUACUGAAAGGAACUCCAUCCCUUACACCCCUGUCUUCUUUCAUGUCCACUUCCAGAUGCUGUGCACAAACUUUAAAGGACCACUAUAGUGCCAGGAAAACAUACUCUCAGGGUCCCCCCUCCCGCCCGGCUCUGGGGAGAGGAAAGGGGUUUUCCAGCGCUGGGCUGGGAGCUCUCCUCCUCCGAUCCUCCUCUUCUCCUCCCAUUCGGCUGAAUGCGCACUUACAAUUUACAAUGCUUUCCUGUGGACGCUUGCGCGCUCUCACUGUGAUUUUCACAGUGAGAAUCACGCAAGCGCCUCUAGCGGCUGUCAAUGAGAGAGCCACUAGAGGAAUUGGAGGAAGGAUUAACCCAUUUACAAACAUAGUUUCUCUGAAACUAUGUUUAUAAAAAAUGGGUUAAUCCUAGCUGGACCUGGCACCCAGACCACUUCAUUAAGCUGAAGUGGUCUGGGUGCCUAGAGUGGUCCUUUAAGACUGAAAGUCUUGUACACUCCAAGCACCAUAAGCACUACAGUCUGUGUAGUGGUCUUAGUGCCAGGAGCACUCUGGCGCUCUAUCAGAGUAAGUAGUGAAACUAUUUAAGAAUGGUAUGGCAAUUUACCUGGGGCUAAAAAGUGUCUAGUUCCACUCCUCCUCUGGAGCUAGAAACUCCUUUUAGGAACUGCGCUAAACCUACCAUGUGUCAGGUGUGCGCUGCCCCAUAAGGGCCUCUCUUCACUAGUGUAGAGCUCUCAGACUACAACAGAGGUGUAGCUGCACUUAGUGGUCAGUUAUCAAACAGUUUGACUGCUUACCUUGGGCAGAUGCCAGGACACUCCAGGCACUGACCGUUAAAGUUGGCUUAAUUGGUAAUUGUCCUUGGAGAUUUUUUUUUUUUUUUAAUUCUGCGACAUAACAUAGCAUGAAGCCUCUGGAAGAUGUGAAUACUGCAUAUGCCCAUUAGCUUUGAGUUGGAUUAAAGGUUAUCUGAGCAAUGAUCGCAGAAGAAGAGGUACAGCUGCACAGUGGAUACUGCCUGGUACAGGAUAAAAUAGGAAUAUUUUUUAAAAUUUUAUUUUUAAAGGAAGCCCAUAAUCUAAAAUUCCCUAUAAACACUGUUAGAGUGUUACUUUGGGAAAUGUGGUUAAUCUGCUGCAUAAUCAGUGAGACUGAAGUUGACGGGUUAAAGUCAUUUUUUUUUUUUGCCAGCGAACUACAAAAUAGGUAGACAAAAGGGGGGGGGGGCGGGUAUGGCAUUAUAUUCACUAAAAUUAGGCCAUAAUGACCACAGCUUGGUGUAUUGUUUAUAGUGCAAAGCGUCUAUAGAUGCUAUCCAUAAUUUUUGUUUUGUUUUUUUUGGGGGGUACUUUGUUUGGUUUAUGUUAAACUGUUUCCAAGCAGGUUGAGGCCAAAAAAGACUUAUCUUCCAGAAACACAAAGCCUGGCUCCACACUUGUACAGUCUCAACAACUGUCACUUGCAUAAUGUGGGUGUUUGGCUGGUAGUGAUGGGCUGUAAAUAAACUACCAGCCAGUGUUCACAGGCUAUAACGUACAUCCAAGGUUACAUGUAUAAUGCAAAAAUAUUCAAGCAGUUCAUUGGAGCUGCUUUGUGGGUUGCCAAACAGUCGUUUGACUUGAGUUUGCCAUCAACAAUGCCAUUAUACUACAUAUAUUUACUGUAACUUAGACAUAUAGUUUUAUUUGGAGUCUAAUGGGACAGCAUAGGUUUCUUUUGGGGACACAUCCAUAUGCUUUCCUACAGAACUCUCCAGAGUCUGAUGUGGCAAUGCUCUCAUCCUUUCCAACUCUCCCUCCUGUUCCAAUGGAUUGAAUACGUGCCAGGGGCAUAUGCAUUCCAUCAGGUUUAAGAAAGUGGCUGGCCCUAGUGACGGCCAUAUUGGAAGAGGCAGGUUAUAGUCAUUGGAGCGCAUGUAGCGACUCUGUUGCACUUGACAGCCAUUUUGCAUAACUAGCACACUUUAAGCCAUGUUUAUUAUUCUGCACGCAAGGAACAAUUCUGCACACUUAAAAUGCUAUAGCUGCCCAACUGGAUACCGAGAGGCUCUCUAAGAUAGACAUUCCCCCCCCACCCCGGUUCUCUUUUCAGAUGUCAAACCAAGCAAAUCCUUGGCAUUUUCAGCUGACAUAUUUUUUCUGUGUCUUAUUCCUCAAAAGAUAGGGCAGGGUUACAUUAAUUGGUGUCAUGGCUAUUGUAACCCAGGAAGGUUUGGCUCUCCGAGCUGCUGAAAGCCAAAGGGAACAUUUUGGAGGCUGUAAAUAUAAUAUAAUAUAAUGUUUGUAGUCGAUUCAUAAAUUUAAUUGAAUUUUUUGAGGCAAAGUGGUUUUCUCUCUCUCUCUCUCUCUCUCCCCCUCUCCCCCUCUCCCCCUCUCUCUCCCCUCUCCCUCUCCCUCUCUCUCCCUCUCUCUCCUCUCUCUCCCUCUCUCUCCCUCUCUCUCCUCCUCUCUCUCUCCCUCUCUCUCCCUCUCUCUCCCUCUCUCUCCCUCUCUCCCCUCUCUCUCCCUCUCUCUCCUCUCUCCUCUCUCUCCCUCUCUCUCCCUCUCUCUCCCUCUCUCUCCCUCUCUCCCUCUCUCCCUCUCUCUCCUCUCUCCCCUAACUUGCCCAGCUACUUUCAGAGAACCAUUUUACAGUUGUUGGUUCUGUGUCACAGUUUGGCCAAAGGAAAAUAAUCAUCUAAACAGUCCUUGGCAUAUCAAGUAGAACAUCAGGAGAACAGUCAUUGGUGAAUUAAGAAGACUAACUUUGCCUACUCCUCCUUUUGUAAAAUCUUCUUUAGGACUCAAAGCUCAUUGUACCAGAGCUAUGGCUACAUUAUGGGUUAUGAAGAUCUAUGCAUCUCCACAGAAAAUCAGCAGGGCAUACAUUUUUUUUAAUUUAUUUUUUAAACUGCAGGCUGGACAAAAGCCUUUGAAGAUGCAGCAUUAGCCUGAAGUUGAGGAUGUUGAUGUUGAGGAUGUUUUCAUCUUUGAGGGGCACCUGCCUCCCCUCCCCUGCUAAAUCCUGUAAGCCUUAAAGGACCACUCUAGGCACCCAGACCACUUCAGCUUAAUGAAGUGGUCUGGGUGCCAGGUCCUUCUAGGGUUAACCCAUUUUUUUAUAAACAUAGCAGUUUCAGAGAAACUGCUAUGUUUAUGAAUGGGUUAAGCCUUCCCCCUAUUUCCUCUAGUGGCAGUCUCAUUGACAGCCACUAGAGGCGCUUGCGUGCUUCUCACUGUGAUUUUCACAGUGAGAGCACUCCAGCGUCCAUAGGAAAGCAUUGUAAAUGCUUUCCUAUGCGACCGGCUGAAUGUGUGCGCAGCUCUUGCCGCGCGUGCGCAUUCAGCCCAGGAGGAGGAUCGGAGGAGGAGAGAAGGAUAAGAGCUCUCCGCCCAGCGCUGGAAAAAGGUAAGUUUUUUUUUUCCCCCCCUUUCCCCCUUCCAGAGCCGGGCGGGAGGGGAACCCUGAGGGUGGGGGCACCCUCAGGGCACUAGUGCCAGGAAAACGAGUAUGUUUUCCUGGCACUAUAGUGGUCCUUUAAGCAGUGAUCCUCUAAUUAGCUCUGUACCUUGAUUGGAAACAUGUAAAGUCUGCUACUUCAUCAGAUCUCACAGAUUUACACCACAGUGGACAUCUGGGAAUGAUCUCCAGGCAGGGUAUAACCUCUCUGUUUGCAGACAUCUGAAGGGUAUUUCCGGCAAGUGCCAGAUUAUUUGUCAGUGUGCCCCAUGCCACUGUAGGAUGCGAAUGAGUGACCUUGGAGGCUCUGCAUUGGUAUUCCUUCACUUUACUCAGUCUGUAAUUUGAGCAAUGUUAUUGGACCACAGCUUCUCUUAAGAAGCAUAUGUUCCCUGCAUAAGUGUCUGUUUUGGCUGUCUCUCAGUUCAUCUGAUCCAAGGUCUUCAUAUUGCAGAUAAAGAGCAGUUCACAGCUCAUUCUAGUAGGUUUUCCUAGUAUUUGAAAAGACACUCCGACAAACUACAGAAAUUAUAAAAACAAACUAUUAUCCAAGCUCCUUCAGACUCAGGCAGGUAAUUGCUGCAGAUCCUGCUAUCUCAUAGCCAAAUACCUACUCCUAGGUUUCAGAGCCAGCCAGCAAGCUGCUGGUUUCCACAUGAUUUAUUGCAUCUUUGCAGAUGUAUACUGACCAUAAAUAUGCAGGACAAACUAAGGAAUUUUGCAUUUGUCCUUUCCCCUAAGUUUAAUAGAUAUUUCUUCCUACUGUUAAGGUAGAUGGGGAUAUUGCUGCCUUGGACAAGAAGGAUACUAUUUCUUUGGUGGAUAGUUUAUUGUUUAAGGAUCCUAUGUACAAGAAAUUGAAGGAGUUCCUUAGGUGCUCCUUUCAGGUCUUUGGUGCACUUUUCCACCAUACUGUCUGUUUGGCUAGCUUGUAGGACAAGUCAUCCUUUAGGCUGAAGAUGCACUGUCAGGAAAUGCCAGAUUUAGUAAGUGGAGACCAUCCAUAGCACCCGUGUCACAACUUAACAUCAAGUCUGAAUCCUUGAGUGCAGUUGCAAGAGAUAUAGAUAGAGAGAGAUCUAUAUAUAUUGUGAAAAAACUGCUUUCACUCACAGUCUUGAAAUUUUUCUUUAUUCAAAACGUAUCCAUAAAAUCGUCACACCAACGUUUCAGCCCUUGUCAGGGGCUUUCCUCAGGAUGAACUGACAAACAUUCAGUUCAUCCUGAGGAGAGAUCUCCCCCCCCUCUCUCUCCCUCCCCCCCUUCGGUGUGUUGGCGGGCUUACCAGCGUGGGAAACACGAUGGGUUUUUCCAGUUUUUCAGGAUUUGAAAGCGUAUGGACGAGGUUUUGUGCCAAGUCUAUGGGGAGCACAAGGUUUAUGUUGCCAUGUCUUUCGGCCUCCAAGCCACGCCCCCUCAAGAGAUAUUUUGUCUCAAGUUCUGGAAAGCAACUCUUUACUUGUGCGCCAAGUAAGUCCUUAGGCGCUGCCUUUUCAGGGCAAGGUCUUUUGUGUCACUGGUCUGGAUGCUAUCAACUUCAUGGUUAUUGGCAGCAAGAGUGCCUCCUCCCAGCGGUGAUCUUUUGUUUAAAUUUUGUUUUCAUUCAAUGCUUCUGAGUGUCUCCUCUUUUAAUACCACAGCAUCCACUCAGAAUUCUAACGCAGCCGAGUUCCUGUAGCAGCAGGGUUCUUCCUUUUGGAAGAAAUCUAUGCAUACUGUGAUAGUUGCUGUCAUGGACUCAGGGUUGUAGGAUAGGGGUUCCUCUUACUUGGGUGGGAAUUUUGAGGCAUUUGUUUGAAUUAUAUGGACAAAAUGGAGCGAAGUAUUUUUUUUUUGGUGGGGCUGAGAGUUGUUUUCAGCAUGAAAAAUAAGACAUUAUUGGUAGAAGACUUGAUGGAGAACUGUAUGUACUGUUAUUUACCCUAUUGUAUACAACGGAGUAAUUCCGCCUGUUCUUGUUGCAUUACUGACAAAUAGCUGCAGCUAUUUUGCAUGUGAGAGCUGUUCCUGGGGUUAAUUGUGGACUCUGCUGCAUAUUAAACUGUUCCAGAAGUUCAAGGGACACUAUAGUCACCUGAACGACUUUAGCUUAAUGAAGCCGUUUUGGUGUAUAGAACAUGCCCCUGCAGCCUCACUGCUCAAUCCUCUGCCAUUUAGGAGUUAAAUCCCUUUGUUUAAGAACCCUAGUCACACCUCCCUGCAUGUAACUUGCACAGGCUUCCAUAAACACUUCCUGUAAAGAGAGCCCUAUUUAGGCUUUCUUUAUUGCAAGUUCUGUUUAAUUAAGAUUUUCUUAUCCCCUGCUAUGUUAAUAGCUUGCUAGACCCUGCAAGAGCCUCCUGUAUGUGAUUAAAGUUCAAUUUAGAGAUUGAGAUACAAUUAUUUAAGGUAAAUUACAUCUAUUUGAAAGUGAAACCUGUUUUUCUUUUUUUUCAUGCAGUCUCUGUCAAUCAUAGCCAGGGGAGGUGUGGCUAGGGCUGCAUAAACAGAAACAAAGUGAUUUAACUCCUAAAUGACAGUGAAUUGAGCAGUGAAAUUAAAGGGGAAUGAUCUAUACACUAAAACUGCUUUAUUUAGCUAAAGUAAUUUAGGUGACUAUAGUGUUCCUGUCAGCUGGAGGAGCUUUGCUCCACUUGCUUUCAGAUUUAAGUUCUCCCUAUGCCUAUGGAGGUUCUGGGCUUCAUAUUGGCAUCCUUAUUUGAAAGCUUCCACUCGUUCUCCCUUCAGGAUCUUUUAUCUUCUUGUGGCAUGGGAAUUCUGAGGUUCUCUUGUAACUACUACAUAUGAAUCUGCCAACAGAUGGAUGGAUUUCCCAUUCAUCAGUGUCCCAGUGGUGUUCAUUCGUGGCUGAAUGUUACUAUUGACACCAGUCUUACUGAUUGUGGAGAGUCGCAAGUACCCAUGGUACUUUACCUCUCCCCUUUUAAUACACAGGACCCCUGUUGUCUCACUAGAGUACAGAGCCAGAUCCUACCUGAAGUGAUCUGAUUACCUUCACCUGCCUGGACUUUCUGAAUGAACCUUUGGCUGCCUGCACUCUGGUUAACCCCUGCAAUCCUAUUCCUUUGUGGGUCAACACCAGCAAUCCUGUUCCUGUGUGGGUUAACCCCUGCAACCAUGUUCCAGCCUUGGGUUAACCCCUGCAACCCUGGUCCAGCCUUGGGUUAACCCCUGCUACAACUUCAAUCAAGCCUUUUAUAAUUUGCGCAGUGCUGAAACUCUGGUAAAAGACUUUAUUUUAUCUUAAGGACUUUUACUUUUUAUGAAGAUAUUGCCUUAUUUUCGGCUUCUAUUUUGCAUUGGGACUUUUUCAUUAUAAAUGUUUGCUUUAUAAUAAAGUCCUUAAAUUUAAAGACUCUGUGUCCAAAUCUCUGCACACUGAACCCAUUCACCCCAAACCCGUGACAGUCAUGUUGUACAAACCUUGAAAUCUGUUAUCUAGUGAUAAAUAUAUUUACAAUGAAGAUAGUAAAUUGCUAUAGUUGAAUUAUUUUUGCAUAAUAAUGUUAUUUUUACAUAAAAACAUGUUUGCUAGAAGACGUUCGGCUUCCUUUCCUUCCUUUCCCUUUCCCUUUCCCAGGGUUACUCCAACCAACAUGACCAUUUCUGCUUUUAAAAUAGUUGUGGUGCAACCAAUCUGUGCAUGUUUCACCUUGUUGCCUAUAAAGAGAAACUUCUCAUUGCAUGCAGGGGUUUUGUUCCGUUUUUCAGCAAUGCUUUUUAUGAGGUUUUUUUUUUUUUUUUUUUUGGUACCCAGCUAAAUUAUCCAAUUGUACUACGACGAUUUGACUACUUACUUUGGGAUGGCACCAGGGCACUCCUGUUACCGUAAACACUACAGCAGUCUGUAUUGGUUAUGGUGCAUGGAGUUUCUCUUUAACCAUACACAGACCAGAUGCAGUGCCAAAUAUUGGUUAAAAUACUCCCUUACGUGAUAGUUGUAUACUUAUGUAUUUUACUGUGCCUUUUAUGUUUUAGUAUGUAUAUGUACUAUUUCGAAUACCACACCAUAAGUUAAAUGUAGCACUGGUGAAGGUUGGCCCCAGUUUGAAAAUGAAGACGCUGUCCCACUCCUUUUGCAACAGUGUCAAAGUGUGGUCCUUUCCAUUGACAUUGAUGUUUGGAAUCCGCUACAGAGUUGUAUGACCUGUGAGCACAAGAGCAAGACUUCAGAGCCAAACAAGUCUUUGAAAAGAAGUUGCCAGGAGCAAGCAGAAGGGGUAGAAGACAACCCCUAUUUUUUUGAGCCCAAAAUUAUGAAAUAAAGAUUUUAAACCUCUUUCUAUUAAUUUUUACUUUUUGAUAUGUUAUGUUUCAUUAUGUAUGAAUUUUAUUGUAUUGUAUGUAUGACAAUUGUUGCAUUGUAUUUUUAAUUUUUUUACAUACAAUACAAUAACUGUGUGGCAGGCUGUAUAAUGGCGGCUGCUCUAGUCAGCUCAGUGUAACUGCAGUGUAGCUGCAGCUCCAUCUCUUAUGCCAGUGCACUUUACUCUUGAUUUUCACGGUAUGUACCGUAUUUACUCCCUGAGCGCCUGCUCCCUGAGGCCAAAAGACUGUGCAUAGGAAUGGGGUACCUGGCCGCCAGGAGCAGGGCCGUCUUUAAUAUUGAUUGGACCCUGGGCAAGCAUUUGCUUGGGCCCCCUGGACCCUGCCGCCACCACCUCACCCCUCACUCCCUGGCAUGCAAUCAAACCCUCCACCCCAACGCAGUGACAGACUAAAGUAGAAAUAGCCCUGGUGCAAGAAUUUUUGGGGGGCCCCAAUCGUAAGGGUGGCCAGAAGGUAGAUCCUUAUCUGUUGUGCAACUCCAACAAAGCUGUGACAGCUGGGGCUCUACCAUUUCCCCAUGCUUGCAGGGUUGUAUUUAGCACUGAGCCGUAUCGGUGUGUUUGAACGUAAGCAUGUUUUUAUAUGGAGUAGGUUUGUGUGUUUAUAUGUGGCGUUUGAAUGCAAGCAUGCAUUUAUGUGUAGUGUUGUUUUUUGAAUGUAGGGGUGUGCUUAUGUAUUGUUGGUAUUUAACACCAAAAUGUGUGUAUUUGUAUGUAGUGUUGAUGUUUCAAUGCAGGAGUGUGUUUGUAUGUAGUGUUGAAAUUUGAAUGCAGUGGUGUAUCAAUGCUGAGAUGUAUGCACAUAUGCACAGCCACACAUACACACAGAUACACACUGACACACUUGCAGAUACAGGCAAACAGAUUCACAACCUGACACACAUGCAGAUGCUCAGACACACAGAUAAACACACACUGACAGACAUACUGACACACAUACACUGACUGACAUACCGUCUGUCAGUGUAUGUUUAUCUGCCACACAUGCAGAUACACAGAUAUACACACAAUGACUACAUACAGAUAUACACACAAUGACUACAUACAGAUACACACACACACACACACACACACACACUGAUACACUGACACAUGCACCGGCAGACAUACUGACACAUGCAUUACAUACACUGACACACACACACACAAACACACCGAUAUACAUACUGACACACAAACAGACAUACUGACCCUCACACACAUUCACAUAUACUGACAUAAAUACUAACACACACAGAUACACACACUGACAGACAUACUGACACACACAGACAUACAUGGAAAAAUUUUAACUUUUAAACCCAUCCUCCAGUUUCCUAUGUGGGGUCCCGUGUGGAACCUGAGGCUGAUGGGAGUGAGGAGUGCCCCUCCCCACUGCCUCCUUCUCCUCCUCCCGCGCAGCUCCUUCUGCUCCCGCACAACUCCUCUCUAUGAGAGGAAGUGACUCGCGGCUGUCACUUCCUCCCAGACAGCUGCCGAAAAGCAAGGGGCCGGUCCCGCUGGGUGGCCCUACAUAGUGUGUGGGCCCCCGGCUGGUGGCGAUGUGGGGAGGGGAAGAAUUCUUGAGGGAAGCUGCCCUGUUUGCCUCACGUUAAAGACUGCCCUGGCCAGUGGGUACCUAUUUAAGUUCAUUUUAACAUUCCGUGUAUAGGACGACCCCCCUCAAAUUUAAACUUGAAAAAUUUUGGAAAAAAAUAUCGUCUUUUACAUGGAAAAAUACAGUAGAUUUUUAAAUUUUUUUUAUUUUGAGAUGAGACAUAUAUACUUAAUGGAAGAAAAAAAAUAGCAAAAUGAAUGAAAUGAGGGUGGGUACAAAAAAAAAAGGUAUUGGACAAAACAUCAACAAAUAAUGAUGUGGGGAAAAUCAUUCCUGUAAAAGAAAGCAGUUUCCUCACAAAGCCAUCAUAUAUGGGUUAUUUACUGAUGUAAGUGGGGUAAAAGGAUCUGGAUGCAUAUAGGACCAUUUGGAGUGCAAAAUCCAGACAUUGAAAGUGGUUCUAAUUUAAAGCAGUUCCAAAAGCUAUGCAUUGCAUGUGGUUGUGGACGUGCAUUAAAGGCACCCAGACCACUUGAGCUCAUUGAAGUGCUCUGGGUGCAUAGUCCCAGGUCCCUUAACCCUGCAAAUGUAAUUACUCAGUUCUUAAUUAACAGCAUUAAUUACCUUUUAUGGGUUAACUGGUAGACAGCCACUAGAAGGACUUCCGGGUCAUUAGGCGUCUUUUGGUCUCAUUGAAUAAUGCUUACCUAAUGGGGAACUCCUAAUGCGAGCACCGCUAUUGCUCGCUGACUGUAUUGGAGUCUGUUGUUACCAUUGUGAAAUAUCUGUUUUAAACAAUACGUACCUUGAAAAUAAUGGACUUGCCUGUUACUUUAAAGAUUAAUGUGAGCUCUGAAUUUGUUUUCCAGAUAAUAGCUACAUAACCAGUGAUGGCAUCUGCUGUGGUGAGCCUGGUUCCUACCACUACAUCUCGCUUUGCCAUUCUGCAAGUAGACAGUAGCAGUGACUCAGACUCUGAGAAGACCAGAGGAACACGAGGCACAGGAAAGUCCCGUCCUGUGUCUGGGGCAAGUGGGAAAUCCAACAGCAAUGAAAAGAAGAGAGAAAAGAGGAGGAAAAAGAAAGAACAGCAGCACAGUGAGGCUAACGAGGUAAUGGAUAUUAUGCGGUACUUGAGAGAUCAAUUGAGCCACCUUUAACAUAUUAUGAAGAUAACCUAUUAAUAAAACUUAAAGCAGAAGGUGCACUGAAUCCUAUUUCAGGUUUUGCGCUUUUUAAUUCUGGUACAUACCUACUUUUUGUUUUCUGCUUUUUUAAACCCUUGUCUAGAAGUGUUUAUGGGAUAGUUUAUUCAGCCCUCUGCAACAAUUCUUAACUCAGGAUGAGUGGAAACCUGCAGUGAUCUCCCUAACUGUAAUCUGAUCUCAAACAUUAGUGUUCUUACUUCUCUAUCUCGAAUGCUGUUGGUAUAAUGGGAAUUAAACUUUGUAAAGUUUUGACCUUGCUUUACACAUUCUUUGUUACUUUUUUCUGCAGGGAAACAAUGAUUUUAAAACCUGCGGGGCUAGAGUUCACUCUCGCGAGAUCUGAGCUUUGCCAUGGUAACCGCGCAAAUGCUCCGUCCUCGUGAGAGGAACCCGGCGAAGCUGCAGGUAAGAGCUUCCCCAGGUCCUCCUCUCUAUGCCUCCCUCCCCAGCUGAUGGCCACAUGUCUGUGCCUGUGGGCCGGUGAGGGAGAUCUUUGAUCCCCGCACCGGCCCAUGAAGGCACACAGCAUGGCCGGUGUAACAUCAAAUUUCCCUUCCGUGAAAAUCCUCUACCCUUGUCACCACCGUGUAGAUUAGUAUAGUGAAUUAAGUAAAAAUAUACUUAUCAUAGAUUUAACAAAAACAGCCUUUCCAAGAUCGUAACCCAGAAGCCGACCUUGUUACAAUAUAUAUAUAGAAACUCGAAAAACAUAUGGGAUGCAGCUGUACAAAUCUAGAAGGGAACAUAGACAAUAUAUAGUGUAAUACAGUAAUAUAAAACAAUAAUGCGCCACAAAUUAAUACACUUACAAGAUUGAGACGUAUAUUGCGCUCAAGAGUGCCUCCCCUGGUGUUAUUGGGGGCUAUUUCACUUUCACUCCAAUGUAGUAGAUGUAAAGCAAGACUCCAAUACGUGUAGGUUGAAAAAAAGUUCCAGCAGCUUGAAAUAUAAAAUUGAGGAAAAUAGGUCCUACGCGUUUCGUUCCAAGAGUGGAACUUCCUCAGGGACCAAAAAGCAGUAAUAUUGAAACAGCAAAAGCAUAAAUAACAAAGGUAGCCUAAUACCCCCCCACCUACAAGUCUAUAUAUAGGGCUAAUCCCUGUGUCCAUUGGUGGAUCCGUGGGUGUUUCCAUCAAUCCUUGAAUCCAGUUGGUGUUAUAGUACCUGUUCAGGUGUCCGUGUUCAUCAAAUCUUCAUCCCGAUCAGAAUUGGCGCGUCCAGAACCGGAAGUAUGGUUAGAAUAGAGUGUGAGAGAGGUUAAAAUAACUUACCUAACCCUAAUUUUAACCCUCAUUUAACCCUAAAUUUCCCAUGUGCCUAAGCUUAGUGAAUGCACUAACUAUAAUGAAAGUGUAAAACUAGCUUUACUUACCUUCCAGGACCUUGCUGUGGAGGAGUAGCAGGAGUGCUAGUACGCAUGUGUAGCACAGGAUCCAGCUGAUUUCCCUCACCGGAAGUGACAAGGGUAGGGAAUUUUCACGGGGUAGGGGAUUUUGAUGGAACACUGGUGCUCUGAUAGUGCCAGCUAUUGCAUGGGCCGAAGGGGGCGAUCCCAUGAUCGCCUCGGCCCAUGACCAUUGCGGCCCAGCGGGCAUUUGCCUGAUGGCCAGUCCAGGUGUGUGUGUGUGUAUAUAUAUAUAAAAAAUAUUCUGCUUACUAUGUUUAUUAAUCAGUUCUAUAGACACAAAAAAAAACAUUGCUUUUGGUACAAAAAUCUGAGCUGUUAGCAAAACAGUGCAGUCAGGUAGUGAGAUCUGUAUUAAAGGGUUUCGUUUUACUUCAAGACUGAGGCAUUUAUGUUAAAUUCUUUUUAAGAGCUUUGUAAAAAUCAGUAUCUUUUUCAGUCAGGUAGUGAGAUCUGUUUCAAAGUGUUCAAAUCUUUUUGCUUCAAGUCUGACUUAAAAAUCCUGCUUAAAUAAGGACACAUGAUGUGUGACAUGUCAUGAUUCCCUUUUAUUCCAGAAGUUUUCUCCUUAAGGGCUUAAGUUCUUUCUAAGAGCUUUAUAAAAAUCAGCAUUCCUUUGUAGUCAGAGGCAAGAUCUGUGUUUUUCAAAGUGUUUUUUUUGGUUUUUUUAAACCAAUAAACAACCAUGAAUCCGGACAGCUGGCUAAAGCAGGGAACUAUUCAGAGAAAAAUUAUUACUAAUACUAGCUGUUUUGGCACUUAUAGAAACAGAUAAAGAAGAUACAACUAAAAAUCCAGAAAACGUGCCCAAAAUAGUUGAAUCUACUGUUCCUCAAAUAGCAGAAACAAGUGACAAGUCAAAGAAAAACAGAAAAGCACACCAUUCUACCCAAUCUUCUUCUCAAACAAAGAAAAGAAAAUAUGACAGCUACUUGUCAUUUGGAUUCACAAGUGCCAGAAAUGAAGAUUGUCCUGAAGCACAAUACUUACUUUGCAAUAACAUAUUGCCAAACAGUUCAUUAGUACCUGCUAAAUUAUGUUGUCACUUUGAGCAAAACCAUGCAGAGUACAAAGAUAAAAACAUUGACUUUUUUUAAGCGAAAGCUAAAGGAGUAUCAGAAGAGUAAACUGUUUAUGAGCAAAAAAUUUUUUAAAAUGAUAAUGAAAAAGCCACAGAGGCUUCUUACUGAAUGAGUUACCGCAUAGCACUUGCCAAAGAAGCACACAUAUUUGGGGAAUCACUAAUAAAGAAGUUGAGUAAAAACAUUGAAGAUGUGCCACUUUCCAACAACACAGUUUUGUGCCGUAUUCAUGUUCUUGCUUAUGACACCCAUACUGAACUCUUUUCUCGACUGCAUCAAUGUGAUGGGUACUCACUGCAAUUAGACGAGUCCACAGAUGUUGCAGGACUUUCAAUUUUGUUGGUUUUUGUUAGAUAUAAUUUUGACAAACGGAUUGAAGAAGACUUGCUUCUAUGUGAAACUUUGAAAACUCAUACCACUGGUGAGAACAUCUUUAACUGUAUCCAGAAGUUCAUGAACACACACUGUAUAAAUUGGGACAAAUGUGUAAAUGUGUGCAGUGAUGGUGCCAAAGCAAUGGCUGGAAAAGUGGCAGGCGCUGUGACACGAAUAAGAAAUGUAGCAAAAAACAGAACAGUUCUCACUGUUCUUCAGACAUGCACUGGUAGCUAAAAAUAUUUCAAUCUCUCUUAAAACUGUGCUUGACAAAUCGGUCAAGAUGAAUAAUUUUAUAAAAAGUCGACCAUUACAGCCACAACUAUUUAAAAUGAUAUGGGUAGUCACCACUCUGCUCUGCUUUUGCAUUCAGAAGUUCGUUGGCUAUCACAAGGUAAAGUCCUUGUUAGAAUGUUUGAAUUGCGUUAAAAGUUGUUUGCAUAUUUCCAGGAUCAUACAUUUGGAUUAUCUGAUCGAUUAACAAACAUUUUGUGGUUAUCCAAAGUAGCAUAUCUUGCAGACAUUUUCACAAAAUUAAAUGACGUAUGUUUAUCACUCCAAGGAGAAAACACCAAUAUUUAUAAUGCAAGAGAUAAAGAUACAUAGAUACAUAGAUCACUGUCUCGUAAGUGGCAGUUUUGGACCACAUCUGCUGAGCAAAAUAAUUUGAACUCUUUUCCAACACUUAAGGAUUUUCUUGAAGAAUCAGAAUUUGAACUUGAAGGUGAAAUUCGCAAUGGAAUUGUAGAUCAUCUUCGGAAUUUAAUCACAUCUAUUAAUCAUUAUUUUCCAUUCAUGAAAACAAGCCAGCCAAUUUUUCUGAUGUAGAUUUUGAGAAUCUGAUCGAUAUAACUUCUCAACUAUAUCAACUAACACGGACGGUCAACUAACACACAAAUUUCAAGACGUUUCUUUUAUUGCUUUUUGGGGUGAUUUACGCAAAGAAUACCCAGAAUUGUCCAAGCAGGCAAUCAAAGUUCUGUUGCCAUUCGCCAGCACGUACUUAUGUGAAACUGGAUUCUCACUUUACUUUGCAACAAAAACAAAGUAUCUAAAUCAACUUGCUGCAACUGCAGACAUCUGAAUACAAUUGUCAACAAUUAAACCAGAUAUAAAAAGAAUUUGCCAGCAAGAGAGAACAUUACACUCUGCUCAUUGAAAGGUUUGCACUGCGCUAUGCUGCUCUACGGCACACAUUUGUUUGGGGGGGGUUUCACAGUGUUGCUAUACCAUGUCAAAGGGUUCCACUGGAAAAAUUAAUUUGGAAACCCUGCUUUAAAGGAACACUAUAGGGUCAGGAACACAAACCUGUAUUCCUGACCCUACAGUGUUAAAACUAACUAAACAUUAUCUAGCUCCCCUGCUCAGCCCCCACUCCACCCACCCCCUUAAAUAUAGUAAAAUCUUACUUGUAUUCAUGUCUGCUGCUGCAAGCUCUGUCCUUGAUCGGUCUGCUUGUCUGACAUAAUCAGAAGUGAUUCUCUGAACAAAUCACGAUUUCCCAGAGGAUUGGCUGAGACGAUCAAGGAGGCAGAUCAGAGGCAGAGACAGCAUAAGUCAAACAGCCCUGGCAAAUUGGCAUCUCCUCAUGAGAUGUUUUGACUCUUGCAGAGGAUGGAGACAUUGAAUGGCAGUGCUGCACAGUGAUGGCCUGUAGAAGUAUCUCAAGGCUGUAAUGUAAACACUGCCUUUAAUAUGAAAACAAAAGGUGUUUACUGCAAAAAACCUGAAGGAAAUUAUUAUACUCACCAGAACAAAUACAAUAUGUUGUAGUUGUUCUGGUGACUAUUGUGUCCUGUUAAAAGUUUUUAUCUCCUGCUCUGUAAAUUUAACUUUAAUUGCAGAGCAGGAGUUAAGAAAUUUUUAAUUAAACAGAAUUUACAAUAAAGGAAGUAUAAACCUGAGAUGAUUCUUUGCAUGCAACAUGCAUAGAGGUGUGUCUAAGGCUGUAUAACCAAAGUGAUUUAACUCCUAAAUGGCAGAGAGCAGUGAGGCAGGCGCAUGAUCUAUAAACCAAAACGUCAUUAAGCUAAAGUUGUUUUGGUGACUAUAGUGUGGUGUCCCUCUUUGUCUCUUGCUGUUAUUGACUUAUUUUUGUUCUGUACCUCAAUUCAUUUAAAAUACUGUGUGAGUUGUUCUUCUGUUUGCAUUAUUUAUCCAUUGUAAAAAAUAUGAAAUAUCUGUGUUUCUAUAUUAGUAUUAUCUCCCUACCCAGGAUAGGACAGGAGCAAGACACAAACGUAGACCAACUUAUUGAAAUUUCCAGUUUUAUAACUAGUGUGCACACUAUGCAUGCUGUGAGCCUGGAUGUGUAGCGCCUGAUUCUUUGAUAGGGUUUUAAAACUGAGCUCCAAUUUAAAUCCUUAUUUUGUUUGUUUGACAAUUUUGGCAAACCUAGGGAGCAGAGAAUGGCAAGAGUGCAUAGACGAACGUCUUCAGCCAAUGAUUUCUAUUCCUUUCCUUCUAACGUAGAAGGGGAACUGUUUCAGGGAUAUGUAUGUGAAGGAUCUGAACUGUUCGCACUCAGAGGACCCAGGCAAACAUCAAACAGUUUGAAAAUUUUGCCUCUUAGCAGUUGAAUGGCAUGAGAAAACCCCUUGCACUAUAACAAUUAUAUCGAGUUGCUGUGGUUAUCAUGCUUCAAGAAUCCCAGUUAUCAAGUGUUAUUUUGAUAGCAUAUAUGUAUGUUAAACUUCUAUAUGUAUUUUUCUCAUCCAAGCUGAGGAAUCUUGCUUUUAAGAAGAUUCCCCAGAGAUCAUCUCAGAUCACUGGUAUGGUCCAGCAGGAGCAGAUGGCAAAUAGCUUACCAAAAGAUGCUCAAGAAGAAGACUGGCAACAGUGGCGGCAAAGAGAUGAGCAGGUAUGUUUGUUGUAAUCAGAGUGUGAGCAAAUAGACAACAUGGAUCGGUUUUAAUAAUUAUUCAAUCAUAAGAAAAGUAAUACUGUGCUUUAGUGAAAUAUAUGAAAACAAAACCCAGCAUAAAAUAGUGUAAUAAUGCUUUAACAGUAAUACAUCAAAUUGUGCACUAUUACACUUGCAAGAUUGAAGGUAUAUAAUCCACUCCUGGGUAGCUGCUCAGAUCUCUUGGGAGGCCAAAUACUCCCAAUCCUCCUCCAGACUCUUGUGCACCUUUUAUCAGUUGCUCUAAAUCGAGUUAUCAAGUUUAAGCAAAAUCCGGCAGUGUAUUAAAAGCUUUUUAUUGCAUCUUUUCCAAAAGAGAUAAAAUAACAAAAGUCAUUACUUUACAUUGAUGUAAAGUAUUAGGUCUAACUUGUUUCUUCCUGUUUAAGGAUCUUUUUUAGGGACCAUUUAAUUAUAAAAUGCACAAAGAAAUAUCAACAUCCAAACAUUCCAAAGCAUGAUGGUAUCAUGUAAAUCGGAAGAAACACUUUGAAAAGUAUAGUUUUUUUUUAUUUUAUGGUACUUUUACUGUAUUAUCUUUUCUGUUCCGAAAGAGUGGAUGACCCAGACACGACUGCCUAUAUAGGCACUGUACAACAAUAUGGCACACAGGGACAUAGCUCCUGGAAAACACCCCACAAAAACCAGAGACCAAUAAGCAAAUGAGAGUAAAAACUAGGCCUUGCCAUUGGCGCUUGUGUAAAACUUAAUUGUUGAAGAAAAUGGAAGUUGUUUAGAUCACAAAGUAUGGAUAGUGCUAUGAGUAUUUCCCUAAGGUACUUGUGUACCCAAAGCAGAAUAAAUUCCAAGACUUCACACUGGCUCUGGCCAUGGUAUUAUAAAUAAUGUAGUCACAAAGCAGCCUGACAAUCGAGAACCAAUGCGUGUGAAAUCCAAAGUCACUUGAAAAUGUUGUGAUAUCUUAAUGUAUAGAUUUAAUGGCCUCAUGAAGUUGGCUGACAUAUUUUGUUAUAAAGGAAGAACUGUUUUCAAAGGCUGUGAUAUCAAAGACCACUGGGUGACCCAUAAUCUAUAAGGAGGGAAAACAUGGGCAGGGCUUUAUAAUUAAAAUUGUGAAAAAUGCCCAAGAAGAUUACUGGAUAUACAAUAGAGAGACCAUCAUGGUAACACCCAGUAGCACAUAUGGAAGGGGAGGAAAGCAUUUAGUUUAGGGUUCUAUUGAUUGUUUAUUUUGUUUGUUUCAUGGAAUGGAAAUAUCUGUCAUACUUUAUUAUUUAAAACCAAAACCAAAAAAUACUUUUACAAUACUGUUGCGUCAGCUGACCCAGUCAGCCAUGACAUGACUUUCAAAUAUGGCUGAAUCUAGGCACUAUUUCCAAACGUCUGUUCUGGGGUCCUUGAUGGAGGCUACUAUCAUAUCUCCUAUAGAAUCAGCAAUCCAUUCCCCAAGGUUAAAGGUCUGAUAUAACUUUGUUAUGGCACUUUAAUAGGUGUAGGGUUCCCUGGCCCUCUGACAUAUGAUUAUUAUUGCCAUUUAUAUAGCGCCAACAGAUUCCAUAGCGCUUUACAAUAUUAUAAGAGGGGGGAAUGAACUAUAAAUAGGACAAUUGCACUUACAUGAACGAUAGGUUGAAGAGGACCCUGCUCAAAGGAGCUUACAGUCUAAAGGAGGUGGGAAAUAAAACACAUUAGGACAGGAAAUAGCAAUCAAAUAAGGUGGGAGUGAAGCACAGCUGGAGUAGAGUGCUGCCCUUUAGGAGAGAGCAAGAGACCGGUAUAUAAGGUAGAGGUUUCUCUGGGAGGCAAUAAGCUUUCCUAAAGAGAUGGGUUUUGAGGUACUUCUUAAAAGAUGCAAAACUAGGGGAGAGUCUAAUGGCUGUAGGCAGGCUAUUUCAUAGGAAGGGAGCCGCCCGCGAGAAGUCCUGCAAGCGUGAGUUGGCCAUACGGGUGCGAGCAGCGGACAGGAGAAGGUUACAGGCAGAGCGGAGAGACCAAGAAGAGGCAUACCUAUGGAUCUGUGAAGAGAUAUGAGGGGCUAGAAUUGUUCAGGGCUUUGUAGAUGUGUGUUAGCACUUUUGACUCUUGAAUUAUAGGAUACAAGAAGCCAAUGUAAGGACUGACAGAGGGGUGAAUUGUGUGAGAGGACAGACUAGAGAGGAAAAUCAGUCUGGCGGCAGCAUUCAUUACAGAUUGUAGCGGGGCAAUACGGCUUUUGGGCAGACCAAUUAGGAGAGGAUUACAAUAAUCCAUGCAGGAAAUUACUAGAGCAUGGACAAUCUCCUUGGUAGCAUCUUGCAUAAGAAAGGGGCGGAUGCGGGCUAUGUUUUUAAGAUGGAAUCUACAGGAAUUGGCAACAUACUGGAUGUGAGACCAGAAUUAAGUAUGAUUCCAAGACAGCGUGCUUGCAAGGAUGGACUUAUGUGGAUACCACUAACUUGAAGGGAGAGCGAAAGAGGAGGAUCAGUAUUAGGAGGAGGAAAGACAAGGAGCUCAGUUUUAGAGAGCUUGAGUUUCAGAAAGUGGGAGGACAUCCAGUCAGAGAUGGAAGAAAGGCAAGCAGUGACACGUUGCAGGAUGGCAGGGGAGAGGUCCGGGGUGGAGAGCUAUAUCCUGGGUGUCAUCAGCGUACAGGUGGUAGUGGAGUCCAAAUGAGGUAAUAACUUUGCCAAGAGAGGUAGUUUAAAGAGAAAAUAGAAGGGGACCAAGGACAGAGCCGUUGGGGACUCCAACCGAGACAGGAUGAGGGGAGGAGAUAUCAUUCGAAAAGGAGAAACUGAAUAAGCGGUAAGAGGAAAACCAUGAGAGGACAGAGUCACAGAGACCGAGUGAUUGAAGAGUUUGAAGAAGGAGAGCAUGAUCAACGUUGUCAAAAGCAGCAGAGAGGUUAAGAAGAAUUAGUAUGGAGUAGUGGCCUUUGGAUUUAACUGCGAUUAAGUUGCUAGUAACUUUGAUAAGGGCAGUCUCAGUAGAGGGGAGAGGGCCGAAGCCCGAUUGAAGAGGGUGAAGGAGAGAGUAGGAAUUGAGGAAGUGAGACCUACGGGUAAAGACAAAUCUUUCCAGAAGCUUUGAGGAAGAUAUGGGACAAUAGUUAGAGGGAUAGUACGAGUCAAGAGAUGAUUUUUUUUUUUUUUUUCAGGAUAGGUACUACAGUGGCAUGUUUAAGGUCAGCAGGGACAACGCCAGAAGAGAGAGCGAGCAGUUGAAGAUGUGUUAAGGAAGGCACAAGACAGGGGGAGAGAGAUCUGAUAAGGUGAGAUGGGACAGGAUAGAGCGGGCAAGUGGUGGGGCGAGAGGAAAGAAUAAGCGCAGUCACCUCUUGUUCAGUAGCCGUGGAAAAAGUCUGACGGGUAGGAAAGGCAUAAUCUACGUCUGGUUGAGAGAGAACGGCAAGGUGGGGAGAAAACUUUCCUUGGCUGUUCAAUCUUGUCAGUAAAGUAGCAUGCAAAGCUAUCGGCUGUAAGGUUAGUUUGGGGGGUGGCCAAAACAGGGUGAAGAAGAACGUUAAAGGUGUCAAAGAGACGCCUAGGAUUGCGGGAGCAUUAACUAAUAAGAGCAGAAAAGUAUGACUGUUUGGCGAGGGCAAGGGUGCUGUAUGAACACAAUAUGAAUCUAUAACGAAGACAGUCUGCCUGGGUGCUGAACUUCCUCCAGGAGUGUUCAGCACAACGGGAGCAUCUUUGCAGUUAGCGUGUUGAUUUAGUAUGCCACGGUAGGGGGCGUGUCCUCCUAGAGUUGCAUGUCUGAAGCGGGGCUGCAGCGUUCAAGGCAGAGGUGAGGGUAGUGUUAUAAAUCGAGAUGGCCAGUGAGGGAAGGGAUGGGUAGCAGUUGUGAAUCAAAAUCACCUGACAGCUGCUGGAGUUAAAUAGAAUUCAGGUUCCUCCUGAGUUGAGGGGGGUUAGGCUGAGGUUGUUGGGUGAGGGGGUACUUGAGAGGAAGUGAGUGUUGCAGAUAUUAGAUACUGUACAUGCAUAAGUGAAAAUGAGGUUGAGGGUAUUGCCAGCUACAUGGGUGGAAGAAUUAGCCCAUUGUGAUAUCCCCAGGGAGGAAGUAAUUGAAAGUAGUUUAGAGGCUGCUGAGGUCAAAGGUGGGUUAAUGGUAAUAUUGAAGUCUCGAGAAUUAGGGAUGGAAUAUUAGAAGAGCGGAAGUAGGGUAGCCAGGCAGCAAAGUGGUCAAGGAAGAGGAGAGGGGAAAGAGGGUGAUAAAUAACGGCAAUGUUAACAAAGAAGGGUUUGAAAAGGCGAAUCAAAUUAAUUUCAAAUGAUAGGAAAGAGAGAAGUGGGGUGGGUAGAGGUUUGAAGGAGCAGUGAGAUGAGAGGAGAAUCCCUACUUCACUAACUUUACAUUCAGAGUGUCUUGGGUUGUGGGUAAGUUGAAGACCACCAAAGGAUAAAGAUGCAGGGGUAGCAGUGUCAGAGGGGGAGAGCCAUGUUUCUGUUGAGACUAGUAAAUCCGGGGAACGAGAGAUGAAGAGGUCAUGGACAGCAGUGGAUUUUGUAAUAUUACAAACAGAGGGUGCAUUCCAGAGGGCAGUAUUGAAGGAGGAUUUAAGGGAAGAGUAACAUGAGAUUGGUGUGGUUCCUUGAGUUAGUACGUGGUGGGUUUGCUGAGAUGGGACCGGGGUUUGGAGAGACAUCACCAGCUUCUAGGAGCAGAAGGAUAGAAAGGAAGUGAAGGUGGGAGUAGGAUUUGAAAGUUUUGCAGGAGGGUGUGUAUGUAGAGGAUUUUGGGAGGAGUUGGUGGAGAUGGGUUUGAAAGGUAUAUGUAGAGUGCAUGGGAUGAAUAGAGAAGGAAGGGGUGUAAAGUGGAAGUAAUGAAGAUGGUGUUACCAGUGACAGGUGAGCAGAAGGAUAGAGAUAUUUUAGUAAUGAGAGAAGUUAGUGUGAAAGUGAAAAAUAGAAGGGAGAACAUUAUUUAGAGAAAAUGUGUUUUGGUGUGUGUGUGUGUGUAUGUGUGUAUAUAUAUAUAUAUAUAUACAUUCACACACACACCUAUGAGUGUUUAAACCAUGGUUAAGGAUGUAUUUUGUUAACAGAGGGAUUUCAGGUGAGGAGAGGUUUAGUGAGUUGAUUGGUGUGUUUUGAAAAUCAGCUGAUCUGCACUAUCUAUAAGUAUGUUAAAGGGACACUCCAGGCACCCAGACCACUUCUGCCCAUUGGAGUGGUCUGGGUGCCAACUCCCACUACCCUUAACCCUGCAGGUGUAUUUAUUGCAGUUUUUAUAAACUGCAAUAAUUACCUUGCAGGGUUAACUCCUCCUCUAGUGGCUGUCUACUAGAUAGCCACUAGAGGGCACUUCCGGGAUUAUAGCACAGAUUUUGUGUGCUACAGCGUUGCUGGACAUCCUCACGCUGUGUGAGGACCUCCAGCAUCGCUAAAAUCCCCAUAGGAAAGCGGUGAAAAGCAUUUUCAAUGCUUUCCUCUGGACAGGUCUAAUGCAUAUUAGGUCUCCCCCGCCGGCUGACGUGGUGACGCGGAGGAAGAAGCAGCGACGAGGGACAUCGUCGCUGCCUCUGGUAAGUCACUUGAAGGGGUUUUGAGACCAUUCAGCAACCAGGGAUGGGAGUUGGGAGGGAGAGUGGACCUGCAGUGCCAAGAAAACGGAUUGUUUUCCUGGCACUGGAGAGUCCCUUUAAUGACCAUGGGGUGGGUAGCCUUCCAGAGAUGAUACUUCUGCUUAGGCUUUUCUGCAGGGCUUGGUUACUUGCUCAGUGCUAGAUGUUGCUAAUCAAUGCUGUAAUUAGGGGCUCAGUCUGAAAUAUAAGGGCUGGGGUUAGAAAACAAAACCAAAACAAACACCAUUAGGGUUGGGGAGACAUGGAAAUAUUUAGGUAAUGAGAGAUGGAAAAAAAACAGAGGAGAUAACAUUUGGGAUAUGAAGGAUCAGAUAGGUGAAAGUCAUAAACAGUGAACAUAAAUUUACGACUUAAAGACUAUCAGUGAAAGAAGUAACACUAGCUAAUCAAAUCAUUAACAAAAAAUUCAUAAAAAAUGAAAAUAAAAUAACAAUAUCAUGCUCAGUAGGAGAAAACCCUACACAGAACUUAUGCUGAGAAGGAGUGGAGUAUCAUUUCCACUUGCUCUACUCCCUACACAAGAUUCACUAACCUUUUUUUGUAGCUCGCCAACUUGUCUGUUCACUGUUCGAAAUGGAGGACCUCCAUCAGUGGCGUACAAACAAACCAUGGGGCCCCGGUGCAAAAAUUAUCCGUGGGCCCCCCCUCUCUCUAUCCCCCCCCCCCCGACAGACACACACGUACAUAGAGACACGCGUACAUAGAGACACGCGUACAUAGAGACACGCGUACAUAGAGACACGCGUACAUAGAGACACGCGUACAUAGAGACACGCGUACAUAGAGACACACAUACAUAGAGACACAUACACACAGACAGGCACACACACACAUACAAACAGACACACAGACAGACAGACACACACAAGACGCACUUACAUACAGGCAGACACACAGGCACACACACACAUACAUACAAAGGCAUACAUCCAAACAGGCAGACACACACACAAACAGACAGACAUACAUACAAACACACACACACAAUAUGUUUAAGUCACCCUCCUGUUUCCUAUUUUUAAGGUGCAGGAGGGUGACUUUCCCUGGGGUCCAGUGGUGGCUCAGGUGGAUGGGAGUCAGAGUUCCCACUCUGACUCCCUGGUCUUCCUCCCGCGCGGCUCUGUGUUAGCUGGGAGGAGUGACAUGCAGUCACUUCCUCCCAGCGUGUGAUGUAAUCACAGGGGGCCCGGUCGCGCUGUUAAAGCUCCCAGCGCUGAUCGGGCCCCCUGACAAUGUACAUCCAUCGGGUGGCCCUGACCCCAUGGGCCACCCGAUGGACCCCUUGGAUGGUGGACCUGGCGGGCCCGAUCGCAGUUGCGACCGCGGUAUGUGGCAGGCCCAAUCGCAGUUGGGACCGCGGUAUGUACGCCGCUGACCUCCAGCCAUCAUUCCACCCUUCACCCAGUUGACACCGUUUUUUUACAAUUUUCCCCUUUCCUCUUUUAUUGAUCACAUAGGAACAUAUGGAAUGAAAAGUUUGAAAGCUUAUGCGGAAUCAAUUAUGUAUACAAGAGACUAUUUGAGUGUUCUAGUGAAUAUGUAUCUUGAGCAGUUUAUUACUCUGUUUAUAUAUGAGUGUUAAUGUGUAACUUCUGUAAUGAUUUUUUUUUUUACCUAUAACUGCACUUGUUGUACGUUAAGGGACACUCCAGGCACCCAGACAACUGCUGCCCAUUGGAGUGGUCAGGGUGCCAACUCCCAUCACCCUCAACCCUGCAAGUGUAAUUAUUGCAGUUUUUAGAACUGCAAUAUUUACCUUGCAGGGUUAAGUCCUCCUCUAGUGGCUGUUCUUAAACGACUUUUUGGUCACUUAAACGAUGCUGGACAUCCUCAUGCUUUGCAUGAGGACCUUCAGGAUCGCCGGAAUCCCCAUAGAAAUGUGCGCGCAUGCACACAAUGUGCCAUUGCUGCACAUGCGCAUAAGGUCUGCCCUGCUGGCGGACAUCAGCGGGGGAGGAGCGCGAGCGGAGCCUGACCCAGCGCCGAGGGACAUCGGCGCUGGAUUCAGGUAAGUGGCUGAUGGGGGUUUUAACCCCUUCAGCAACAUGGGAUGGGGGGCAGGAGGGAGGGGAGGGAAGAACUGUAGGAUUCUCUAGUGCCAGGAAAAUGGGUUUGUUUUCCUGGCACUGGAGAGUCCCUUUAUGAUGUAAAACCCAAUAAACAUAUGGUAAAAUAAAUAUAUAGACAGCUGAAUCUGAUAUUUUUACUGAGGAAGAGGAAUUUCCAUAUUGGCAUUAUAUGAGCAGGGAACCAUGCCACAAUUGCCUCCGAGACCAAGAACUGGGGAGCUUUGCACACAGCCUAAAGGCACCAUAAUUGUUGCACAUGGCUGUGCUGCCUAGACUGACACUUUAAGCAAUAACUCAUCCUUAUACAAGAACAUUUAUCACAGUAAUACAUUAUUAUUGCUCAAGGAAAUGUUAACCGGUUACUCCUGGUACCAUGACCACUUCAGAAAUCUCCCUCCAUUUUGUUUUAAAGCAUUUUCAAAGCAGUGUUGUACUAAAUAAGGUUCCCUGGUCACCUACAGCAAGACCUCCACUGCAGGUAUGGCUAAGGCAGGGUUUACCCUUUUUCUUCUAGCCAUACCAAUUCAUACCAGCAGUUGGUACUGUCAUUUGUUGAAAAUUGUCAGAUGACACUCAGCCAAUCAAAGCCACCCAUUGCUGCUCUGGCUAAUGCUUCCUCAUUAGGCCAAGCAGUGAGAUGAAGCUGAUACUGUGCCUAUAGUAUUUGCCUAUAGUGUCCCAUUAAGUCACUUUCUGUAAUCUCGAGUUUACAGUGCCAAGAAACCAUUUUUGCCCCCUUCUUUAUUUCCUGUUUUGAUAUUUGCCCCACUGAAUGGUUUGAGAUCUUCUUACAAAAUGGAUUAUAUGACAGAGAAUCAACGUAAACACAAAAAUCUGAUUUUAUACUUAAAAUUAAACAAAUAGUCCUCUUCCCAAAUAAGCAAACAUUUAGAAAUCAGGUUCAGUAGAUACAUAUCCAAUGAAUACAUGCAUACAUUUUCAUGCAUUUAUUCAUUGAGGGUAUAUCGUAAAACAGUUUGCAAAAGCUGCAGUUCUUAUGAACUACACUUUGCAAGCCCUCCUCUAUAUUAUUAUUUUUUUUUUCUGAAGUGACUUUCAGUCUCUUCACCGGGAAAUAGACUAUCUUCGUCCUCUGUGAAUGCAUACUUAUCUGAGGUUGCUAGACACUGGUCUGAAGUCGGAUCUAAGGCAUGCUGGGGGUGGGGAGGUAGACACGCUCAAGUAGAGCCAGGGGGUUUGUUUAUUAAGGUAAAACUCCUCACCCAUAAAGCACUUCAAAAAACUGAAAUGCUUUAUGCGUGUUAAGUGGUGGGACACUCCACACACUUAAAGCACUUUAUCGUUCUGAAUUGCUUUAUGUGUAAAGAGUGUGUAAGAGGGAAGGGCUUGCACAUUCAGCAGACAAGAGAACUGCAACUUUUACAAGAUUUUUUUUUAUAAAUACACCCAAUGAAAACAUGCAUAAUUAAAUGCAUUCGUUUAAGGUAAAAAUAGCUGGUUCGGUAAAUUAAGUCAGCUAUGCUUUCAAUUCAGUUACUCUGGUGUUACAUUUGAAAUUCACUUUGAUUCCUCACUUUAAUCCUCUCAAAGUUUUAAUUUGCUUUACAAAUUCUCACUCAAUUCCCAGUUCAGCAAAUAUGCUAUAAGCUAAAGGCUGCAAUUUUUUUUCUUUUUCCCAUUGGAGUUUUCCUUUAGGGCUUGAACCCUCAUCAGUGUGCUUUCUUAAAAAUGUGACCAGUGUCCUGAUGUUUCCCAUAGUUAGCAUUGGUUUGCACACCUUGCAAUUCUUCUGUAAAUUCUACUUUUGCCCAGUCUUUUUCUUAUUGUCAAAUCAUGAACGAUCACUAUAACUGAGGCAAGAGAGACCUAUAGUUCCUUAGAUGUUGCCUUUAGUGAUUUUUGUGGCUUCUUGGAUUAUUCAACAGUGCGCCCUUGUAGAAACGGUUAUGCCAGCCACUAUUGGGGGAAAAAACUCCACUAAUUAAUGUUAUCUGCAUUUGUAGAUUAUAGCUCACUGUGGUUUGUUGAAGUCACAGAGUGUUGGCAAUUAUGUUGUAAUUUUUCCAGACUGAUAUACUUCAACAGCAUUUAUAACGAGUUUUUUCCAUUUCUUAUAUGAUUUCUUUUAAAAUUUACAUUGAUUGUAAAGUUCUUUGUCAUUUCUAGAUUUAACUGGGCUGGUAAUAAUCAAGCUAGUAGUAGAAAAUAUUGUUUUAUCCUGCCUUUACAAUCACAAAAAAAGUCAAAGGAAAAGAAGUAUUCAGAAACUUCAUAAAAACAGGGAAAAAACUAAUGAUUUCAAUUUUCUUCACAGUGAUACAAUAUGUUCAUAAUAAGUGGUGGGGGGAGCACCUGGGGUUGUUCUGGAUCUGUCCCAGUGUAUAAAAAAAGACAACGUGACUUUUUUUAAAAACUUUUUUUUCCCUCCAUUUUUAUUAUUGUUUUGCAUUUUCCGUUCUUUUUCUUGUUCCUACAGGAUGAUUGGUGAGGCACUCAGGUGAUGCCAGGGUGACCGGGCCUGAUAGCCUCCAGGGUGGAGAGCUGAGUGGCCACGCUCCAACCUGCAGGAUUAAGAAGCCGGUAGGAGCCGCUUGUUUUAUGCUUAGUGCAGCCACUGGCAAAGCAAGUGGAAGAUCCUUAGGGGCAGCAAAUCACUGUCUCAAUUAGAACGUAUGUGCACAGCGGAGGAACGCAUGCCCAGGUUUUACGUUCCACUGAAGUUCUGAUUGCGCUACUGCACAUGCACGAUCGGAACUUCCAAAACUUUCCGCAAAAUGUUUUUAACAUUUGCUUAUUUAACCUGUGCAGGUCCUACUGAGAGCAUGAAUGCUACUCCUAACGGAUCUCCCGGGUCACCAGCCCCGCCGCCGGGUCAGAGGUUUUAGAGGUGAGCUUUAUUUUGUCUCAAUCUCAACAUCUCUGUUAAAUUUUUUUUUUUUUUUUUAUCAGCAAAUUUUAAAGGGACUCUUCAGUGCCAGGAAAACAAACCUGUUUUCCUGGCACUGCAGGAUCCUGCAGUGCCCCCAUCCCAUGUCGCUGAAGGGGUUAAAACCUCUUCAGCUACUUGCCUGAAUUCACGGCUGAUGACCCUCGGUGCUGGGUCAGGCUCCGCCCACGCUUCUCCACCAUCGAAGUCAGCCGACGGGGGAGAUCUCAUGUGCGGCAAUGGCCGCGCACGUGCAUUAGACCUCCAAAUAGUUAAACAUUAUUCAAUGCUUUCCUUUGGGGAAAAUCUGACACUGUAGAUCAGGGAGGACAUCCAGCUUCAGAUAACCGACCAAAGGUCGGUUUGAAUUCCGGAAGCCAUCAAGUGGCUAUCUGAUAGACCGCCACAGAGGGCAGACUUUGAGCUGCAAUGUAAACAUGUAAGCAGCACUAAGUGCAAUAGUGGCACAUAACAAAGACCACUUCAAUUAGCUGAAGUGGUCUGGGUACCUGGAGUUCCCCUUUAAGAUAAUUUUUUUUAUGUUUUUUGCAGAUAUGUAUAAUCCUGUCUCUCCUGAAAGAUGGAUAAAGACAAAGUGACUACUUAAGUGCCUAAAAAAGCCAUGUAUAAAACAAAACACCCGGUAUGUAGCGCAUUUUCCACACUUCUACCAGAUGGUACAAACAACAGAAUCUGCAAUCAAUGUUCGUAAUUAACAAAUGAAAGAUCUAAGCAACAGGACAUGAAAUCAUUUUUUAUCUUGGUUUCAAGACAACCUUGCUCAAACUUUUGAAUCUUCAAAAUCAAAUCUCCCAGCUCCCGUUCAAGUACUAACUAUAGAAAGACAAACUGAAAAGAUCCUUGUCUAGAUCUGAGCUGUCUUCUGGUGAAUGUUCAGCAUCUGCUUAUUCAGACACAUCUAGUGAUUCUUCCUAGAUUGAGGAAUUAAAAAGAUUUGUCAAAGAAGUGCAUAUUGCUUUACCUUAAGAUAUAUCAGAAGAAGGUAAUAAAAGGGCUCUGCCAGUACAGCAGCAAAUACUGGAAUUCAUGAAAAGAGAAUUAAAAAUUCCAGAAAAGGGGGCGUUUAUAUCUAGACACCUUUAAACAAAUUUUCAAGAUACAAGGAGAACACCGAUGGGAAGAGUUGACAGUUGUCAAUGUCCAAGUAGCUCAAUUGUCUAAAAAAAAAAAAAAAAAAAACGAUUCCGAUUGGGGAAAUUUUGGGCUUGAAGCACCCAAUGGAUAAAAGGGCUGAGACUUCUUGCAGGCGAGCUUACCUAGCUGCUGGUUUUCAAAGUAAAGCUGCUAUGGCAGGAGCUUCUGCAGCUAAAGCUCAGACCUACUGGAUUCAGGCAUUAGAAUAUUGCCUAGUAGAAAAACAAGACUAGGAUCUUGUACACCUGUUGAAAAACCUUAAUUAUUUAUUUUUUUUAAUGAUUACCUUCUGGAUAUGAUCACAGUUGUUAAAUUUUCGGCUUGUAUAAUGGGAUUAACCUCAGUUUCCCGUAGAGCCCCAUGGCUUAAAGCCUGGAUGACCGAUAUAGCCUCUAAGGCAGCCCUCUGUGAACUUCUCUUGGAAGUAUUCCUGGAAGCCUGGAUAUAUAAGUACUUCUAGUAUAAAAACCGUAGAGGAUAUCAAGAAAGAUCCCGUGUUUUUUUUUUGUUUGUUUUUUUUUUCAUAGACAAAGCAACGAUCUAAAAUUGAGGACAGCAGAACAGAUAGAGCUAAAAGAUUCUGACAUCAUAAAAGUGGGAGGAAGCAUAAGAAAUUUUGUACACCAAUAGAGAGAAAACACUUCAAAUCCGUAGAUUUUAAAGCUGGUAGCAAAUGGUUACAGAAUCAGAUUCUCGGAUACACAAAGACCAAAUUUCCUAGUAUCCUCUUACCAAUCAAAGUUAAAGAAACAAACAAGCUCUUUUUUUCGACCACUGUUACCCUAUUAAAAAAGGGAGUAAUAGUCCCAAAAGUCCAACAAUUUCAAGGAGUUUACUCUUGUUUGAUCCCGGUUCCAAAGCCAGAUCUGUCCUUCCGUUCUAGAUCUGAAGGAUAUAAACAGCACAAUUCCAUAUCAACCCUUCAGAAUGGAAACCAUUGCAUCUGUGACACAUACCCUGCAGAGAGGAGAUGUUAUGGCAACACUGGAUUUAAAAGACUCAUAUCUGCACAUUCCUAUAAAGGAAGUAUCAAGAAAAUGCCUAAGGUUUGCCAUAAAGAGGGGUUCCAAGAUUCAGUUCAAAGCCCUACCAUUCGGACUCUCCUCAGCCCCAAGGAUCUUUACGAAAGUCUUAGCACCUAUCACCGUGGUCUUAAGAAGGUAUCACCAUCAUUCCCUACUUAGACGACUGGUUUAUCAAGGCAAAACCAAGAAAUGUUCUGGUAGAAGAUGUGAAUAUCACUAUCAGAAUAUUAAAGAAGCAUGGUUGGGUCAUAAACCUAGAAAAGUCACAACUACAACCAACAAGGACCAUUCAAUUCAAGUUUUUUGUUUUUUUAUCAAGUCAGAACACCUGUCAAUUCACCUAACUUCUCUGAAGAAAGGGAUCACAGAUCUUCAAAGAGAACCAAGAUACACUAUAAGAAUAGCCACGAGAGUACUAGGACAUCUCAGUUCUGCUAUUCCAACAGUAAAAUGGGCCAGAUCUGAAUCAAUCAGUGAGAAUUCCUGACAAAAUGGUCCAAAAAAGAUUGGAUUUUAUAAUGGAGAUUUCAGAUCCUGUAAGAAAACAACUGUCUUGACUGUCUUGGUGGACAAAAGGAAGAUUUAUUUCAACAGACCUAUCGUUUCAACCAAAAGAUUUUAUCAUCACUACUGACGCAUCGCAUCUAGGUUGGGGAGCUCCCCUUCAGUAUCACAUGAUACAAGGUGUAUAGUCAAUAGAAGAAAAGGAGGAAUAAUACAAUUUCAUAGAAUUGACAGUCUUUUAUGCUCUUCUACAGUUCAAAAAACAAGGAGGUACAAGGGUGAGAAAACUGAACCUUCUUUGCACAAGAAUUAUGUAUUGGGCUCAGCAUCAUCUGGAAGAUCUGUCUGCUAUUCACAUAAGGGGAAUAAACAACAUUGCAGACGACAUAACCAGAUCAAGAUGGUCUCAGAACGAAUGGUCCCUGAAUCCAGUUAUGUUUUCUCAGAUUGUGAAGAAAUUCGGUAUGCUAGUCAUAGACCUCAUGGCAAGAAGAAAACAAUUGGAACUUCAGUAUUGUUUAUGUCUUUGCCCCUAUAAGCCUCAUUCCGAGGAUUUUACAGAAAAUAAGAGUGGAAAAAGCAAUGGUUCUCUGGCAAUAAUCCGGUAGUGGCCAAACCGAAGCUGGUUCUCUGCCUUGAGAACAAUGGCUUUAAGUUCGUGGGAACUAAAGUUAUCAUCAAUGCUCCUGGAGAACAAGGGAAUUCCCAUAUAAGUCUUGAAGAUGUUCAGAUUGACUGACUGCUGCACGGCUGAUUUUAUAUCACAACAGCAUUAAAGAUGAAAGAUUUAAGUUUUUGCUUAAUUCUACCUGAAAGUCUACCACUGGUAUUUACUUAAACAUCUGGACUAGAAUUUUUCACUUGUGCAAGGAUCAUCAUUGACUAAGUAGUUCUCCAUCUACAGACACCAUUUUGAGUUUUCUGCAGGAUGGUUUUAAUGCAAGGCUUGGGUUAUCCACACUCAAAGUUCACCUUUCCGCUAUUGGCCACUUUCUGGUCAAGAAUUUGGCUUCUAACAUUGUAAUUAGAAAAUUCUUCAAAGCAGUAAAACUCAUCAGACCUCCUAGGAAAAAGUUAUUUCCCUCAUGGGACUUGUCCAUAGUCCUUAAGGCCCUUUGUGAAAAACCAUUCAAACGUUUGGAAGAAAUUUCCUUGAAGCUCUUGUCUCUUAAGACAGCUUUUUUAGUAGCCAUAACAUCUGCAAAGAGAGUUGGAGAAAUUCAGGCUCUUUCAUCUUCUCAAGAAUUCACAAUAUUUUUUUCCAGACAAGGUUACCCUACAAUCAAAACCAUAAUUUCUGCCUAAAGUCAUCACUUAUUAUACUAUUAAUCAUUCUAUUGUCCUUCCUUCUUUUGGUAACCCGUCGGCCAUUGAGCUGGAGAGAAGUUAGCAUACGCUAGACGUCAGAAGAGCCCUUCGAAUUUAUAUUGACCGUUCCUCUGACGUCAGAAAAACUGAUCAUCUUUUUGUUCAUUUUUUGGGGGAAAUUUAAACGUCUUACAUCUUCCAAGGCUAGUCUGGCUAGAUGGCUCAUGGAUACCAUAAAAUUGGCUUGCGCUGCCUCUACUUUACCUUUGCCUACAUGUUUGAAAGCACAUUCAACUAGAGCUAUGGCUACCUCUUGGGCAGAAAAGGCUCAAGCAUCUCCAGAGGAUAUAUGCAGACCCACUACAUGGUCUUGAUACACAUUUGUAAAGCAUUACAAAUUAGACAUAUUCUCUGCCUCUGAAGCAGCUUUCAGGCGUAAGGUGCUACAAACGGUGGUUGCCUAAUUCCUGCCCAAAUUGUUCUGGGAUCUCAUAACAUCCCUAGUGCACUGCCACCAUAUGUUAGAAAAACUGUAAUUUCCUUUUUCCUUAAUAUGGUGGCAGUACAACUCCUUUCCCCCCCCCCCCCUUUUUUUUUUUUUUAUAAUAAAUUAAUUUUGCAGUAUUGGGUCUCUAGUGUUUUAUUGUUACAAACUGAGGGAUCAUAGCAGAUCGGUGUUUUAUACCUAUUGGGGGAGGAACUUUUUAAUGUUAAUUUAUUUCAGAUGCUUGUCCAAGGAAAGAGUAUAGUGUAAUGCCACCAUAUUAAGGAAGGAAAAAUGAAUUUAUGGUAAUUAAAAUUACAGUUAUUGUAUCACUGUGAAAAAUUGUACUUUGCUAUAUUGAUAUCCUUUGUUUUUUCUGUUUAUGUGAAUACAUAUUUUUCCUUUUAUAUUUUUUAAAUUUGUUUGUUAUUUUGAGUGCAGUAUCUUUAAUAGUUUUUUGUUUUUAUAUAUUUGAAUUUAUUUGGAGGUUACGCUUUGAUACCAGAACAUUUGACCCCUGAGUGCCUUCCUAUGUUCAUAUUUUUUUUUGAUAAUAAAAAUAUCAUUAUGCAUGAAAGCCUAAAUCCAUUUAGAGUAAAAUUAAAAAGCAAAAAUAGAGAAAGAUCUGGAUAUAGUGAAUGCUGGUUGAUUCAAUUUCCCCAGGAACUUGCAAGAAACACUUCAGAUAGAUGUAAUUUUAUAAAUAGUACAUCACGUUAUAAAUCAAAAACUAUGGGGAAAACACCUUUUUAUAUAUAUAUAUGUGUGUGUGUGUAUGUAUGUAUGUGUGUAUAUAUAUAUAUAUAUAUAUAUAUAUAUAUAUAUAUAUAUAUAUAUAUAUAUAUAUAUAUAUAUAUAUAAAAAGGUGUUUGUUUUUAAAGGAUGGAUCUGUGUAGUUUGUCAAAAGAAACAAAAAUGGAAAAAUGUUGCAUGAGUGUCGAGAGUAAGCUUGCCCUCAGCGUGUUUCUUACAGGUGGAAAAUCUAUGCUUGAGGACCCCAUACAAAAGAACCAAUAAAGUAAAAGUGGUGUGUUAUGCAUGUCUAAAUAUAUAUUUAAUAUAAGUACAUAGGUGGAAGAUAUUUUAAGGGACAACUAUUGUACAAGCAUAUCCAAAAAUAAACCAUAAAGGCUGGAUCAAAAUAAUAUCUUGAAUGUAAAGUUUGUAUCAAAAACCCAUACAAUCUCUCUGGAUUUACUUAAGGCAGAGAGGAUAAGUAGCUCAAAUCUACCCUGCUACACAGAAUUUGUUUUAGUCUAGCGAAGGAUCCUCAGGCUCCAGGCCAUAAAGAGGGAAAGAAAAUGAAAUAUUUGAGGUCCAAGCAUCAGCUGUGUUCUAGAUCAGUAUAUAAAGAGGUGCCAUCAUCUGAGGAAAUGGCAGCAGUAUUGAGAUACACCAUAACUAUAGGUUGCCCACAGAUGCAUCUGGAACAUUGGCAAAUAAUAGUCUGGUUAGGAACUGAAAUGUUCUAGUAGGGUCCAUCAGAAAAGCAGUAAGUAAAAUACAAUAUGUAACAGUGUGUACUCUCACAGCAGACAUCUACUCUAUGUAAUGCACAAUUUUUAUGAAUUAAAAGAGUGGUAAAGUUAGCAAUAUAGCAGUAGUUGCCAUGUCGGGAACUGAGGUCUAGAAUAAACCACUUGAAACAGCUGAGAGGUGAUGAAGCUGAGCUGUUCUAACUACGAAAAGCAUAGUUGCAAGUUCCAACAUCCUUAUUAUUUGCCUUUCUUUAAACAUGCGUAUCUUUCAUAUUCUCAUAAAUAGAUGUAGGGAUUGUUUUCUCUUCUUGCACAUCUGAAUUGUUCAUGUGCUUUUAUCCAAAACUUUGAAGAUAAUUUUUACUUGUAUAGAAAAAGGUACAACAGGAUAACAGAAUUAUCACAUUGGCAUGAUGAAAAAUAUUCUUAAGGGAAGCAGAAGAAAAUAGCUCAUGGCUAUUACAUUAAAGAAACAAACACAAAAACGAAUUGAGAAAGGCAAAUGAAAAUGAGAGAACCUUGGAAAAUGAAAAAAGAAAGGAAUGAAAGGAAGAAAAAAGGCAAAGAGGGGGUGGCGGUCAUAACAAGAAUGCAAUAAAAAUAUUUUUUUAUUAUACAUUCUAGCUUACAUCUGAUAUGUUUGAAGCUGAUCUGGAGAAGGCCUUAAUGAUGAGUAAACUGGAAUAUGAGGAGCUCAAAAAGGUGACAUAUUCACAGAAUUUGUGGGAUUUUAUGUUUUGUUUUUUUUUUGUUUUUGCUUUGAAAUCCUGGACCCUUUUAAUUUAGCUCACGAUGAACAUAUUUUUACAUUUAUGUUUAAAUGGAAAAAAAUAUAUACCUGGAUUAAUAUCCAAAUGCUUUAAUCGGGUUCAUUUUUUUUUUGUUUGUUUUAUUAAUAUUUUAAAUGUCACUGUCACUUGUUAUAAAAAUCCUGUAGUUGAUUUUAAUUUAAUUUAAAAUGCAAAUUAAAUAUAUUCUGAAACAUAUGAUUUUGGCAAUAUAUAAUUGCUUAAAUCGACUUCUGCCUGAUGGAUAAAGGUACCUUAUGUGAUGGCCAAUAAAAAAUAUACAUUGCAUGCACCUUAUUGCACAUGUGUAGGAAAAUCUUCAGUGGAUCUCAGAGCAUCUGAAAAAUACUCCAAUUUUGUGCUCUUGGAAAUGAAGGAUAAGAGUACCAAUUAGAAAAGUUCCCGAGCAGAAUUUAAAGAUGACUUCCAAGUUACAAACUUGGCUGAGGAGAUUAAGUGUCCGGGAAUAUCAACGAUUUUAUAAACUCAUGUUAACUCCUAGUGGAGCAGCAGGAAAAUGUUGCAGCCAUUUUAGAGGCAUUAGAAGUUUAUUUUAGAGCUGCAGACAAUUCUUUAUGAAAGUGUGUUUGUUUGGGUGCUGUAAUUUAGAAGAGGGAGAGCUAUUUGAUAACUUUUGAUACAUACCUGAGCACAAAUUUGUGAAUGUUGCUUUGCUGGACAGGGAGAUGUCUCCUAAGGAAAGAGUGGCUUAACCUAAGUAUGGAUGUUUUAUAGGAGAGACAACAGAGUGACAAUGUCAAAAAUGCAGUCCAGUAUCCAUGCAGUAACACACCAGGAUUGACUUGUGAUCAAACUCCCAGCAGCUCGUAAAAUAGCAAAUAGUAUCUUUUAUGGGGAGACAUGCAGGUCUUGUGGUAAAAUAAAUAAUUUUGCUAGAAGUUAGCUGUAGAGAUCAUAAGGACUCUACACUGUAAAGAUUACACCUUCCGUUAAGGAUUCAUGGAUACCUGAAGGGGUUUUUUAAAUGUGAAUGUAUUGGGGCUGUGGGAUCCAAAGGAAAUAAACUUUUCAAUGUUUUUUUUUUUUUUAACAAUGCCUCAUAGUGCCAUUUGGUUUCUGGAGCUAUAUGUGAUACAUGGGUAUUGCUAGGGGGAGGCUAGAUGUGGGGUUCUUUAGCCAUGGAUCUCUACAAUUGGUGGAGGGAACAGGAGGAUAUGUUUAAUUUUAUAUCAGGCUGUUGCUUCUCAAAGGAGACACCUUUUUAAUAAAAAAAAUAAAAAAAUUAUUAUUCAGUAGUGUAGGCUUCAUUAGGCUUUAUUAGGCUAUUUGGGAGAAAGCUUGGUGCCCCCCAGAUGAAUGUCAGGGCUCGCUGUGGAACAGAAAUCUAAUACACACUUCUCUAGUCUAGCAAGAUUGCAUUGAAUAUCUGACUGUUCACUAUGUGCUUGUUUCCACGCUUUCAUUGCGAUUCCGGAGGGCAUCAGCAUCAUGCAGUUCAAGAGUAGAGAAGACGAGGCAUCAUAUAAAAAGUCAGGGUCAUAUCCCCACUUAUCUGUUAGUGUAGGGGUUAUCAAGUAGCAGUAAAAGUAAUCUAUAUGUUAUAUAUUUAUUAAAUAAAGUCUUAUUUCUUUUUUUUUUUUGCUGCUCCUUUUUCCCCCUUCUAUUGGUCACUCAUCACUUGAUGAUCUGUAAAUCUAAUGAACAUUUAGUGGCUUUCCCCUAACCAUCAAACAUCCCAUCAAUCAUUUAUUUUUUGGGUGCCACAGGUAAUUCUGAAUCAUGAAUACUUGACCAUUGCGUUGUUCGUUAUUUGACCACAUUUUGGUUUAGAGUUAAAGGACCACUCUAGGCACCCAGACCACUUCAGCUUAAUGAAGUGGUCUGGGUGCCAGGUCCUUCUAGGGUUAACCCAUUUUUUCAUAAUUAUAGCAGUUUCAGAGAAACUGCUAUGUUUAUGAAUGGGUUAAGCCUUCCCCCUAAUCCUCUAGUGGCUGUCUCAUUGACAGCCACUAGAAGCGCUUGCGUGCUUCUCACUGUGAUUUUCACAGUGAGAGCACGCCAGCGUCCAUAGGAAAGCAUUGUAAAUGCUUUCCUAUGAGACCGGCUGAAUGCGCGCGCAGCUCUUGCCGCGCGUGCGCAUUCAGCCGGCGGGGCCGGAGGCGGAGAGGAGGAGGAGAGCUCUCCGCCCAGCGCUGGAAAAAGGUAAGUUUUUACCCCUUUCCCUCCCCAGAGCCGGGCGGGAGGGGGUCCCUGAGGGUGGGGGCACCCUCAGGGCACUAUAGUGCCAGGAAAACGAGUAUGUUUUCCUGGCACUAUAGUGGUCCUUUAAGGAAUUGUCCAAAGUCAGACAAAUUGCAAAUAAGAACGAAACAAAUCUCCAAGACCAUUGCUUAGCUGAUUAACAGCAUGUACAGAGUGAGUUAAGACAGGAAGCACCAUGAAUUCCAGUAGUAUGCUAUUGAUCUAAUCAUUACCAUAAUGUAGUAGAGCUACUAAUAUACCUGUUACUUGUAAUACUCUAACUCUGAGCUACCAUCUUGAAUGCAUUAACCAUAAGUGUCUUACAGCAUCUUGCAGGUAUUUUGAUAGUUCUUGAUUUUUGACUCACUUUGUGUAGAAAGUCAUGUAUUUAGAUUCGCCAAAGUCUUUAGGCGUAUAUCCUGAUCUUGAAACAAUAUUUUAAAUGAUCAUUUUAUUCUUUCAAAGGAUCCCGACAGUGGAGGAAAUGGAUCACCUCAAUCAAAAAGAGUUAUUAAAAAAGAUAAAAGACGGAAUAACCAGGGAAAAGAUAAACCGCUCACCGUUUCACUGAAGGACUUCCAGUCUGAAGGUAAAAUUUUGAAGGAAUUUGUUCACAAACCAGUAAAAGGCAGUGGUUUUUAUGACCAUAUUUAUUGUAUGAUCUACUGUAUUCCAGUGUAGUUUUGUGGUCAUUGUCAAGUGAAAAGGGAUUUUAUUUAAAAUGCUCACUUUUAUUUUCUGUCACAGUAUAGCUGGUACUAGACUGCUGAGUAAUACCAAAUCUUACCUGUGGAGGCAGGAAUAAAGAAGAAAUGUUUUGACCCUCUCACCCUUUUUGCUUGUUUUACUUUGGAGAUUGUUCAGGGGUGAGACAAACUUCCCUUCCAGUACCAGUCUGUAUUAUGGUAUUGUGCAAUCAGUGUUGAUGUUUUCUUUCUGUGUGGACUCUUGGACACUUUCGCCUCCUUAUUAGCUGGCCUGUAAUAUUGAAAAGUAUGCAGCUCCAGAAAAGCCCAUCUGUUGACCUGGCCUGCCACUAGUCCACUCCAACUUUACUGUCAGGUUCAUUGCAUUUUACUGACACUUUGGUACCAUCUUGUGACCACUUUUAAAUGAUCUUUUGAUUAAACUGUGGCCCUUCAACCCCUUAAGGACCAAACUUCUGGAAUAAAAGGGAAUCUUGACAUGUCACACAUGUCAUGUGUCCUUAAGGGGUUAAGUUGAGUCAUACAGUAGUUUGCAGCACAUGUGUCUCCUCUGUACCACCUCUACAGAGGAAUAAAGAGUCCCAAAGGCAAAAUUCACUCAAGCUCAGAACCCAGUGUGCCUUUAGGCGGAGUUCUGAUGUGUUACUAUUAUUGUGAGUUUUUUUAAUUUGUUUGGGUAGGGGGGUUGUGUAUUUUAGGAUUUUUGGGCUUCCAAGCACUGUGAAGAAUAGUAAGUCUAGAUUUUUCCUGUGCUGUAAUGAGUUUUCUCUUUGUGAUGUUGUUUGCUGUGUAGAACCUAUAUUUCCUAGAUUGCUUGGAUAUCAUUGGCAGGUGCAAAGGAUAAAACCACAUUAAAGGAAAUCUAUAAGUAAAAAGCAAAAAAAUAAUAAUAAUAAAAAAAUAUAUAUAUUAAUUAUUAUUUUACGUUUUAGUUAUCAUAGUUUUGUUUUUAUGUACACUUUUUUUCUGGCUCUUCUUACUGGGAUUCUGUGAAGUAAACAAUUUCAAUUUGCCUUUUCUUUCUGAUGGGGUUUUGGCAAGACCUUUUCUAUAGUGGGCCUGUCAUGGUUGAGAUAGUACUAUAUUCUAAUAAUUCACAAACCUAUUUGUUCCCUGAAACAAUGUUGUCUUCUUUUAAUUGUUUUGGCGGGUGGGUCCAACCUUUUUUACAUGCAAACCUUAAAUUAUAAUAUGUAUUUCCUCUAAUGCCAGAAGAUGUUUUUAGCUGCAGGCCAGUGUAUUUGUUAACAUGUGACCGCUUGGGUUUACUUUACUUUUGUUUUGUUCAUAAGUGCUUAUUUAUGUGUGCCUUCAUUCUGUAGAUCUACAGAAAACUCCAUGCUUCUUUUGCCUGUUAAAAUGUGUGGUAUAUGAGACAGGGCAGUGUCAGAGAGGUAGAAAGAGCGAAGAUGAGAAGAUGGCAAACUUAAAUGUGUUCGGGGAUCCAUGAAAUAAAUUGAAUCAUAUAGGAUAAUAGAGAACAAGUAAAGGAAGAUUUCACCACUGCAAAUAAAUUUAAAGGGAUGGCAGAGAAACGCCAAAUUUUAAUAUCCAUCCCCUAAGUUCUGUGCUGUACCAGUAUGGAUGUGUAAUAAUCGUAAGAUGUGGAUCUGUCAGGCCACCUUUUUUGAUUUGGAAAGUGUUUACCUAUUGACUAUGGAUCAUUUUGCAGCUUGUAUUAAACUCUGCAUUCUAUUUUGUAAAAGAUAGCUUGCGUUUGGCCAGGUAGGUAGUUGGGAACAGUGUAAUAUUUGGGAGUGUUGAGGUGGUCUGAAUGCAUUGUCCCAUGUGCCUUAACCCUACAGAGGUAAUUAUUGCAGUUUCUGAGAAACUGCAAUAAUUACCUCUGAGGGUUAACUUCUCCUCUAGUGGCUGUCUACCAGACUGCCAAUUGAGGGACUUCUGGAAUCGAAACUGACCUUUGGUCCGUUAUCUGACUCUGCAUGCCCUCACGCUCUGCAUGAGGACAUCCAGUGUCAGAUUUUUCCCAUAAGAAAGCAUUGAAUAAUCCCAUAAUUUCCCUAUGGGGAAAGCAUUGUUAGAUAUGCUUAUUAGGUCUCCCCCGCCAGCUGAUGUCGGCAGGGAAGGAGCGUGAGCAGAGCCUGACCCAUCGCCGAGGGACAUAAAUUACUUAUUUAGCUAAGUGACUGAAGGGGUUUUAACCCCUUCAGCACCGUGGGAGAGGGGCACUGCAGGAGCCUACAGUGCCAGGAAAAUUGUUUGUUUUCCUGGUACUAUAGAAUCCCUUAAAAAUUUGCAGUCCUACAUUACUAGUCAGGCUUUAAAAGUUACUUUCCACUGCAUGGAAUGUCCAUGGUACACUCACCACAGGGGAGAUUUACAGCCCUGUUUAUACUACCAUUGAAGAUCAGUUAUCUGAUCUGAGAGCACAGUUUGAUUUAUUGGACUUGGGGAAAUGAGGGGUAAGCCUCACACACAGAUAUGGCAAAGUUUUCUUAUUUUGAUAGUUUGGCUGUUUAAUUUAUCAUCCUGGAUUUGCAGGUUGUGUUCUAACCAGUCCUCUUUUGGAGCUGAGGGAUCGAUCUAAGAGUAGCAGGAAAGAAGAUUCUUUGAUUUAUAUUGCCUGCAGAGGUAACAUAGGAUAUCAGUCUUGUACGAACUACUCUUGUUGUAGUAUACUGUCGAGAAGAGGGGUUACUACCGCCUAGGUUGUCCCUUCCCAGUUGUGUAUAGCUCUAGAGGGAUUAUACCCUCCUGCACAAGGUAACGCUGUCUCACCUAAACACUAGUCGAGACUUGGUGAAGGGUGAAGAACAGUUUUUUUUAAACACCGACCCACAGCGUGGGGUCUCCAUUCAAUGCAACAUAACCCCCGCCCAGGUGUCUCUGUGUCUGGGAGAUAAUUGAGUCAGCUCUUGAUUAAACUAAUUAAUUAUCUCCCGGACACAGAAAGCUGAAUACCGAAGAACCUAGAAAACAUCUAGAAUACAGUGAAGCACCCCCCACAUGUCAUACAUCCCCGGAAAGGUCUCUCUAAAGCGCCCAAACUGUCCAAAAAGUGACAGGAUCCGGUACAAGGCUACGGAGUGCUGGGUAGAGGUCUCCGGUCACCUAAAACCGUAGCUCUUUCCGUGGGUACAUGGAGCUUCCCCAAGUUCUUGAUGUCAUUGGAUGCCUCAUCACUUCCUCUUUCAACUCUUCAAAAAGCUCCCAGUUUGCUGGUUCAGGGACUAAUAGCACUCAUCUUGAAGUUUGUGGACUGAGCGCCUCAGAGCUUUGCUAUAGAGUUCCAUAAGAGUUCAUAGCUACUCCCGGUCAGGUGCACUGUAUCUUCCUAGCUUCCUGGCCGGUAAAGGCUGCUUCUGGGGUUGCAAACAAGUCUGGUUGGCUCAAGAGAUGCCGAAAGGAGGGUCAACAAAUAGUGUAAAUAGUCUUUUUGGAGAGGGUGAGAGUUGGGGAGACCAGUACCAGGAUUAGGUGAACAAAAGGUCCGUCACAACUCUCUUACAUGAAUAACAAGUAGUAGGUAGGUAUUAAUCCUGCCCUGUUUUCUAGUGUACAAUUAUAUUUGACUGGUGAGUGAUUUGGUUUUCAUAUUGUACUUAUUGUAACAUUAACAGGGAUAUUCACUAAAGUGAGAAUUCAAUGUGCAUUUCAAUUUUAAGGGCAAAGUAGCUGAAAAGGAAGCAUUUUCCAAAUUUGACUAAGUAGGCCUUACAUGUGCAACCCUCUUUGAAAUCCUGACAAUUCUUGUUUUAGUAAAUAACCCUAUUCGAUCGCUCAUGUGUGAUUCAAUGUCAGAGCACUGUAAAAACAGAAUUCUUUUUUACACAAAAAGUAAAUUAAAAAAGGAGUUCAAUGAAAUACUGUGAUCAUUAACUAUUAAUUACAAUUAUAUUAUGCAGCAAAAUAAUCUGCUGCACUAAAUACAAUGUGUUAGGGGUGUCUCAAAGGAAAAAAAAUGCAGCUUGAUUUAAAAUACUCGUAAAAUUAACUACUGAUGAAAAUGUUACCAUGUGUAAAAGAACAAAGUAUUUGCAUAUAUGUUGCAUCAUUACAUAUGGUGCAUGUUGCUAUAGUAAUACCCUACUGAGUAUUACUAAAGAAACCCAAGGGUGCUCCACACAGGUGAAUAUUUUUAAUUAGUAAGCUGUGUAUCUUUGUUUUCAGGGUGUUUGUUUAGUUGUGGAUUUAUUUUUUUUCCCUUUCUUCUACAUGUUAACGCCUGAUCAUAGUUGUGUGUAUGGGAAUGUGACAAUUCCACCAUUAAAGAUGUGUUAACAAAAUCUAUGACGUGUGAGUUGGGGUUAGUUGAAUGAUCUGAGAGCCUCUUGGAAAGGUUGGGUUUUUUUGUGGGGGGGGAGGGUUUCCGUUUUUUUAGGGAGCAUGUAAGAAUUAUGAAAGGGUGGAUAGACUUUGGAGGCUAAAAUGCCCAUGGAUUUUUUUUCUAAAGCAUAAACCAAAAAAAUUAUGAUGGGGAAAAAUAGUGAUUGAAAACCCCUUCCACCUGAAGUCAGUGGAUAGUCAGUACAAUGUCAAACACAGAUCUGCACAUGAGUCAAGCCAUAAGACUUGCUUUUCCCACAGAAAUCACAAAUUUGCAGGGAUGUUACUACUGCAAGGGAUUAGUUAAAAAAAGAAUCACAUUUUUGCCUCAUUUCAUUUUCCAUUUUAAACAUGGAUUCCUUGGAGUUCAUGUUUGCUGUAUACAACAGCUUUGAAACACAACUCAGGAAGAGAUGCAAAGCCAGUGAACCACUCAUGGACAGCUGUUUCGUUGUUAAUGCAACUCAGCAUGAGGUUGGUUACUGGCUUGAUAUUGAGGCUUGGCGUUACUUGUGCUCCGCUAAAAAAGCCAUCUCUUGCCAUUCCAACUAUCAUUCCAUAUCCCUGCUGCCUUUUUCCUCAACGCUUCUAAAAAUACAAGUCUUUACUCAUAUGGCUUGAUUCUUCAAUUCCCUCUUCAUCUGGCUUCCACCCCCUCCACAUUACUGACAACGAUCUGAUUAAAGUUACAAAUUAUCUAAUUGCCACUAUACUAAUUCUUCUUGAACUUUCUGCCGCAUUUGACACUCUCCUGAUCAUUUUUCUUUGGGUUUUACUGUAUGUAUUGAGGCUGAUGUGUACUAUGGUCUUUGCUGCCGCCCAAGAAUAGUGGGAGUUUGUAGCGCAGGACUUGUUUUUUUGUAUUUGUACUCUCUUGAUCAUGUCCUCCUUCUCUCUGUGACAUUGUCCCCUCGUGGUCCUCCUCCUAUCUCUCCCAAUGUUCAUUCAGUGUCUCCUUUUCCAAUGACACCACCUCCUCCCGUACUGUUUCGGUUAUAGUCCCCCAAAGCUCUGUUCUCUCUUUAUACUGCCCCGAUUGGCAAACUUAUUAAGUAAUUUGUAUUCUGCUACCCUCUGUAUGUCUUCUCUUGACUUUUUUUCCAUCACUGUCUUGAUGUCUAUCUGCAUUGUGAAACACAAUCUCUCUAAAACUGAGCUUCUUAUUUUUCCUCUUCAUAAUACUGCUCCUGCUCUUUCACUCUCCCUGCAAGUUGAUGGUACCUGCAUCAGCAAGUCCUUGCAAGCUCGAUGUCUUGGUGUCAUCUUUGAUUCUGGCCUCACAUCCAGUCUGUUGCUAAAACCUGUCGAUUCCACCUCAAACAGAUUGUCCACACCCGCCCCUUUGUUAUGCAACAUGCUGCAAAGGAGCUUGAUCAUGCUCUAGUAAUUUUUUGCAUUGGUUACUGUAAUUCUUUCCUAAUUGUUCUUUACUGAAGCCAUACUGCCUCGCUACAGUCUGUAAUGAAUUCUUCUGCUGGGCCUUUUGCGCCUCUCGCACCUCCCCACUGUCAAUUUUUACAUUUGAUUCCUGUAUCCUAUAGGUGCCAAUUUGAAAUACUUACCCUUUCCUAUAAAGCUUUAAACAACUCUAGCCCCUGUUUUGUUUUAUUCACUGAUACAUAGGUAUACCUCUUCUCCGUCUCACUGCUCUGCUGGUGACCUUCUCCUGUCCGUUGCUCGCACCCAUACUGCACCCAUAUUUGCCUUGCAGAACUUCUCACUGGCUGCUCCUUUCCUUUGGAAUAGCCUGCCUACCCCCAUCAGACACUCUAGUCUUUAAUAGUUUAAAAAGUCCCUCAAAAAACAUCUUUUCAAAAAAGCUGCUAGCCUCCCAGAGAAAGUUGUAUUUUUAUCUUAUGUCCCUGCAGGCUUUUCAAUGUAACUACUGCCUUUUUACAUUGCUGUUGAACACCUGUAGUCGCAGUCACUCAGACAGCCUCAGAGGGGAUAUGAUAACAUUAUACAAAUAUAUUUGGGGCAAGUACAAACCAUUAUCUGGAAAUCUAAUCAUAAACAGGGCUAUACAUAGGACACAAGGUCACACAUUUAGGCUGGAAGAAAGGAGAUUUAAUCUAAGGCAAACUAAAGGUUUUUGUUUUUUUACAGUAAGAACUAUAAGGAUAUGGACUUCUCUGCCUGAUGAGGUGGUUUUAUCAGAGUCAAUGCUGAUGUUUAAACUGCAAUUCGAUAAAAAUAAAACAUACAGGGAUAUGAUUUCUAAUUAGUGGGGUAAUAGCUGCUUGAUCCAGGAGAUAUCUGACUGCCAUUUUGGGGUCAAGAAUUAACUUUUUCCUAGUUAGUUGGAAAUCCUCCUUCUUUUGGAUCAACAGCAAAAACAUAUGUGAAGAAGGCUGAACUUGAUGGACGCAAGUCUUUUUUCAGCUAUGUAAUCAAGAAAAUGCUUGGGCUGCUGUGCAAGUGACUUGACUAGCCAGUCUCUCACAGAGAAGAAUUAACGACAGGCUACCAGUCAGUCACAUUUUUUAGGAGUGUAUCUCUCAAUUACUCUGUCAAAGUGUGGAGAAAAGUCCCUUCUUUGGGUUUAUAUUGUGUUUCCCACCUUUUUGUUUAUUUUUAUUUAAAGCGGCACAGUCAUCCCCCCAUGCAAAAUGAGUAUUCCAUAAAGAUAGAAUCUGUAUGAAAUGCUCACAUUGUCUGUGAUGGAAUUUCACUGAAAUUCCAACCUAGUCAAAAGAUAUACUGAGACAAAGUAGGAACUACUUUGUCUCAGUAUUUUUCCAACGCUUGAAACUUCUUGACACUGGGCGUAACUAACGACAUCAAGAAGUAUCAAUCCCCCAGCCGUAACCAAUGACAGCUGCAGAUUAAUUGGCUCUAUAGAAAAUCCCACUGUUUUGUGAAUGCGCGAGUGUGCAGAAUUGAUGUCUGCUCCUGGCCAAAAAGGACUGGCCAGGAAAGUAUGGUGGUGCCUACAAGAGACAGGUUUAAGUAAGUCAGGUAAGUAGAACCUUAGCCAUAAACCCCCCAGCCACCAUACCCACACUGCAAUAUCACCAGACGGUGACAGUGCCACUUUAACUGCAGCCCACAACACUGGCCAAGCCAUUUGUAGAUCCUGUCACAUGAAUGAGCCUAUUUGCCCCAGUAAACCAGCUUACACCCCACGUUCCUUCCCCUUUGUGUAAAGUGCCGAUGGCCUUAUACGAAUGGCGUGCACUGUUGGAACGUACGCCAAAGCACUUUUUCCAGGAUUUAUCACACAACUGGUAUGAUAGAAUAGCAGACUUCUCUACUUGACUGCUACUGUAGAGGAACUCCUCUUAAACCUAGUGCUGUCAUUGGAUUUAUGUGUGAGUUAUUUUCCUGAGAUACCUGCAACCAUCCGACAUUCUGUACAUGUUAAUUUUUUUGUGCCAUUAAAGAUCUGUUUUUAUAGAAAGCACUAUGGUUUGUUGUGCUUUGUUGCAGAUAUUUUGAAAUUUAACAAAGUGGAUCAAUAUUACUUGAACACUUUAUUACUUGGAUUGGAACACUUUGUACUUUUGCUAUUAUUAUUAUAUGUUAUUCACUGUGGUUCAUACAGCUAGGUAAGAGUAUUUGAUAUAAUCCAUUUAUGCUGGGUUUGGUAUUUGUAUUUAUAGGAGUGUAGAGUGAACAUCUGGACCAUUAAGCUUACUUUUCUUAGCAUCUGCAAUUGUCUAUUUUUUUUUUUUUUUGUCCAGUAAAAUUAAAUGUUAAUGUUGUAAGGAUACAACAUAAUAGGUUUCAUAUUUAUAAAUUGAUGUGUUUUUGUCUUUUUCAGAACAACAUACCAAAAAAACAGAGGUAAGCUCGGGAAGUGCAGUAAGUAUGCUGAUUAGUUUGCAUCCAUACACAGUCAGAAUGUUUGUACUCGUUUUAAUAGUGAACAAUACAAGUACAACCACGAGCUACAUGUCAUGAUGCAUGUUGUGCCGUAUGGUAGUUGUUUUGUUUAAUAAUAGCUGAAGAUAUAUAUGUGCCCACCCCAGAUUUAAAAAAAUAUAUAUUUUGUGUAAAUUUAAUUUAGUCAUUUAUAGUCCAUAAAAGUGUUCCUUUCUUUCCAGGAUACAAAAUCUUCUCCUGUGUUACCUCAAGACCGUGGAUUUUUCAAUAAGUUGGAAGACGAUGUGAGCAAAAUAAUUCUAAAGGAAAAAAGAAAAGAACAAAACCUCUUCCACGAUUCAGCUGGAAAUUCUAUAUCUACAGAACACAUUGCGGUAUGUUAUAGCAUAUCUAUACAGCUGAAGGGCUUAAUGACAUGUAAUAUUAUUCUUCCCCUGGUAGCAAUGCUGUAGCUAUUAUGAACAAACACACUACUACUGCUAAUGUCUAAAAAAGAGCAUUCUUGUUCUUCGUACUCCAGUUCGGCCUAAUACUUUCUCUAUCUGUCUGACAGCCAUUGGCUGUACUAAAAUAUACCAUAUUAGUGCAUAAUGCUGUGAAGUUAGACUUGUUUAAAAUAAUACAAAUAAUAAUAUAGAGGGAUCAUUUGUUAUGUCCUAUAUCUCUAUUAUUGCACACCGUCUCUUUGAUUAUCUUAGAGCAAUAACUUGUAAUGUCACUAUUCAGACUGUACCUUCUUUCAAACCCACGAGAGAGUAUUGUUCUCUAUGGAUACAAAGGCAUCCAAACGUUUCAUGGUAUUGUGUGUUAACAACUAGAGGAAUAAUUCCAGUUAUUUGUUAUUGUUCUAAAGGGGACACUCUGAGCACCAGUUCUGCCAUAAACACUCCACUACAGGCACUGUGGGAACAAAUAAUUUAAAGUCUUCACACUUAGUGUAAUCACGCACAGGAUUCUGGAGAACUUUUUGAAUGCUUAUGAGAAGCAUCUGCCCUUGCUCAGUAGGUCCUCAAUGCUUCUGACGAUAGAUAUUAUCCAGACAGAUCUCAGAAGUGGGGAAGAGACUGUAGCAGUGAGACUGCCCAGUGCUGGAUAAAAGUUGCGUAAAAACUGUGUUUUUAUUUUAAAAGGGCUAGCUUUUUUUACAUAUGGCGGUGGUGUUUUAUUUUUAUUUCACAAUAAUUGUUUUUAUGGUGCAUUGCUUCACUGUAGCAAGUUUAAGACGUGCUCUCGUGUUCGAGGUGGUGUGAAGUUCUUUUUAGCAAAAUUCUGAUUAAAACACACUCACUUGUUCUGGUAAACACAAAUAUGGCAAUUUGUAAAUGCUUAAGUAAGCAUGAGCGCACUCGAGGCACCUUUAGAUUGUAAUCUCAUGGGCUAUCUAGCUAAAGCUUAAAGAGCUUUAAUGGCUAGAUUUCCACUUACCGGCACGGCCCUCUCUACCUUUUGUAUUUGUCUGUGUAUAUUGUAUGUUCUUCCCUAAUUGUACAGCGCUGCGGAAUAUGUUAGCGCUUUAUAAACACCAGUAAUAAAUAAUUCAUAAGCAGAGUAUAUGUGUCUUAUUUUGUUUUGUAUUUAUUUAUUUAUUUUUUGCAUUUAUCACUCCAGUAAAUGAUGCUUCAAUAGCAUUUAUUGGUGUGAGGAAAUGAAACACUGCUGAAGAUACUUCUGGAAAUUAGGAAGAACUGUAGAGUAGGCACACAUGUGCAUAUCACUGUUACAAAAUGAGGCAAGAGAAAAUCCUUUAAUAUACAUACACAAUCUUGAAAGCUUUAGAUUUUAUAUUCAUUUUCUUCCUGCACAAUUUUAUUUUAUGAGGAUGAAAGUCAUUGAGAAUGUUUUUCCGAACGUUUUGUAUUAAAUAUGCUGAUGUUUUCUUUAUUCUUUGUUCUUUUGUUCUUUGCUUUUUUUCUGCACUUAGGAACCUGUACUCAAAGAUGGAAAAACAGAGUUGCUAAAACUUGAAAUAGAGAAGAAAGACACAGACAUACAACAGCUAAGGCUUGUUAUUUCUCAGUGGGAGGUAAUGACAAUCACGGUCUGUACAUAUUGUAAAUUCAGACUUUUUUUUUUUUUUUUUUUUAUGUUACAGCAUUAUGCUACAAUUGCUUAAUUUUUUUUCACAUCAAUGCAUACUUGAAAUCCCAUGAUGAAACAGAACAAAACUGAAAUAUCACAUUGACAUAAAAGUAUUCAGAGCCUUAAAGGAACACUAUAGUGUCAGGAAUACAAACACAGUGCAGCAAAAGUGUUUUUGUAGCCUUUCCCAGAUCUGUGGCUUGACAGAAUCCUGUGUCCGAACCCAGUUCUUUUGACCUCAUGGCUUGGUUUUUGCUAUGAUAUGGAUACACAGCUGUGAGACCUUAUAUAGAUAGGUGUGUACCUUUACGAAUUAUGUCAAAACAAUUGAAUUUGCAACAGAUGGACUUCAAUCAAAAUGUAAAACAUUCUAAAAGGUGAUCCGAAGCUACAUUUCAAGUGUCAUGGCAAAGGGUUGUGGGGAUAUUUAUGGCAUAAUAAUAGUAAACAGUUGAGAAUUGCCCACGAUUUUCAAUUCUCAGAUCCCAAAGAACGUUUAUCGUGUUAAGUGAAAUGUAUACCAUAUAAAUAAUGUCAAAAUUUAUAAAAAUAGAUUUAUUUAUAAUAACAAAUUAAUUAAUAAUAAUAAUAAUAAUAAUAAUAUGUAACAUGCGUGACAAUAAUCAAUGAAUAUCCAGUAUAAAAUGGUAUGCAAUACAAAGGAAUGGCUAUACACGUUUCAAUGGCUAAACAGCAUUUUCUGUCAAGGCUUACACGAUUUAUGACUAUCUUUCACAGACAUAGAGGGAAGCUUUUCACAGCGAAGGCCAUAAAACCCUGGCUAACGGUUAGAAUAACACUUUCAAUGCUGGCUAGACCUUUAAAUAAAAUAACAUUUAAACCAGUUCAUUAGUCAUUUCCUGGAACCAUCCAAUAAGAGAAUCUACCAUGAUUUUUACAAAAGCAGAAUUUGUUUUUAAUUAUCCUAAACAGAUAUCUUAUCUUAUAUUAGAGCAAAUCAAUACACCUGGAUAAAAACAGCGGUAUGCUAACACGUGAUAAUAUCACAUCAAUAUAUAAUUAUUCUUAAUUACACCUGCAUAAUGGAAUGUUUAUAACUAUAUAUUCUUUAGUUAACUAAGAUUUCUUAAUAUGGAAAUCUGACAGUGCUUUAUCUAGUCAUAUAUCAUGCUAUUUGUAAAUUUUAAUUAAUUUAAUUAAUUAAAUGAAACCAGUAUAAUUACCAGUUGAGUAGAUAUUUCAUCCGAUUGGUAGUCUCAGGAACUUAUUUGGAUGUCUCUCUGCAUGGAGGUGUGUAGGUAAUAGUGUCCUAGAGUGUCAUUGCUCCCGACUGCUCACUUCUUUGCCUUCUUUGCAUUUUUUUCUCUUCUCCCUUUGUCCUAACUUUUAAAGGGCCAGACUCUCUGUACGUCAUCAGUUGAUAACCCAAUAGAAGCACUAGAGGUGUGGUUAUCUUUCAGAUCGCAAUUUAGGUAUUUGGUCUAUAGAGGCCAGUCUUGUCCCACUAAACAUACCUAUCCAGGAAAGAGUUAACUUUUCCUGGUGGCUAUUUUGACGUCAUUUUGGCCUAUCUUUAUAGUGGCCAUAAUUUAAGUAUCCUUUCAGAUCAAAGGGUUUCUUUAAGUUUUGUCCAGACUAUGUGUCUGGCAAAUUCUGAGUUUUGACCCGUAACUUACAAUGGGACCUUAUACAUAUAGACAGUAAAAUUUUAUUAUUUAAUCUCCUCUGUCACCAAUGUCUGGGUUUAGAAUUGAUCUAUUCCAUUAGCAUUUCGACAGUCUAUCCAACCCCCGUUCUCCUUAUCACUUGGUUUGUAUAUACUAUGCAUUCCUUUAGCUCUGGCAAAGUGGUUAGUUUUACAGAUAUCUUGUGUCUUUUUGUUAGCUUGAAAAUAACAAAAUGGAGUCUGGUCUGUUCAGAGUGACUCAGAAUAUACACUUUUAAUUUCUAUCAUAGCACAAGAUGUCUGCCGAUAUAAAUACCCUGACAGGGUCUGAAUACUAAGGUCAAUAUGAUAUUUCAGUUUUCAAAAAUCAUUUUUUAUUUUUUUUUUGUCAUUAAAGGAAGUGGUCUGAAUAUCUUCUGAAGUGUGUGUUGUUUUUUGGAGGGGGCGUUGGAUUCUUUUUAUUAACCUGUUUAACAUUCUAUCAUAUUUGCUUCCUUCAAAGGCAAAAUACAAAGAAGUGAAAGCACGAAAUGCACAGCUUCUUAAAAUGUUACAAGAAGGUGAAAGUGAGUAUAUAUAGAAGUGUUUUUCUUAUCAUUCUGCACUGUGCUUUAAAUGCUAUCCUAUUAAUAAUUCUUGUUUCUCAUUUCCAGUGAAAGACAAAGCAGAAAUUCUUCUGCAGGUGGAUGAAUUGCUCUCUAUUAAAAAUGAAUUGACCUCCCAGGUAUGAAUUGUUGAGACAUUCUCUCAUUAAAAGACUAUAGUACUGUUUAAUUAUUUAAAUAGACACUCCAUGUUGGAAGUAACCCAUAUUUUUGACAGAGUAUUAGAAAAUAGAUUGAAAUGGCAUUUGCCAAAAUAAUAAAAAAUAUAUUCGGUAGGUUUCUAGUGUGUGCAUUGAACUCUACUUGCACCAUUCUGUUCAUAUCUAGAUCAGCUGCACUUAAAAAUCAAAAAACAUAAGUUGAAAGAUCCCAUAGCUCCUAUAGUGAGAGAUACAUUUUUUUCCAGAUUGACAGAAGCAUUCACCUGCAAGAAGCAGUAAGAAUUUGUCACGUACUAGAUUCUCGGUCUGCCAUAAGGCAGACUGGAUAUAGUGGAGGGAGAAAGAAGCAUGUAAUUUAUACAGUACGUGUUGUUUUCUUUACACACCAUGGGCUCUUUUAGCCUACUAAUGUAAUACAACUGUACAAAAUGUAAUUUGAUAGUAGAGAGAAAAUAUAUGAAUAGCCAAAUCUACUUAAAAUCACUGUACCCUUUAAAACCGCAACCCGUAAUUUUAUUUUGAAAGUUGAAGCCACAUAUAUUAUUUGAUGCAAAGAAACUUAAAAAAAACAAAAAGUAGUUUAAUCUAAUCCGUCAUUCAAUUCUAGGUGACAGCACUACAUGUUGCAUUGGAACAAGAACGAUCUAAAGUGAAGGUUUUACAAGCAGAGCUAGUAAAAUACCAGGUAAAAUUAAGUCAUUUUAUUUUCAUGUGUAGAAUAUGUAAAGAAAAAAAAAAAAAACAUUGGAGAGGUUUGAAAUAAAAAAAAUAUUUAGAUACCAUAUCAUGUAUCCAGCUCUGAUUGUGCAGCACAGCAAUGAGGAUGGACAGUGGCAGAUUCCUCUGGACUCUGAAAGUGAGAUAAAACCACAGCAAUGCUAAAUCAAAUAUAAGCAUAUCAUGCCGUCAUUAACGGAUUACAAACACAUACAGAGUUAUUAGCCAAAUGUAGGAUAUUAAAUUGAAAUGGGAAAAUUGAGGCAAUCUCCAACUCUGCUAUGGUCACAUCUAUUCUAGCAUCUGUUUUGACAUUCAGAUUUAUUUUGGUAAAAUUUGGAGUUUAGUAAAGAACACUGACACGUUUCUAUUUAAUAUAUAAUACAUUUUAAAUACUGCAAAUGAUAAUGCUGACCUCAUGUUAACACUAUUUGCGGAUUACAUAAUUCUUAUCUUUACCCACCUGGUGAUCUCCUUCAGCUAUGGAAUGUAUAGGUGAAUAUAGUAGUUUCUUAUAUAUAAUAUAUAAUUAUAAAAUUAAUUUUCAAAAAACUCAAAUAAUACACUGUAAUCUCUCCCAAACCCAAGAAGAUUUAUUUAAGACAAAAUAUAGGUGCAAUUGGGAUAUUCAGUCAAUACAAUACCUGGGAACCCUAAUUAACGCUGAUAUAAAUACAUGGAUAAACUUAAACUACUUUAAACUUCUUAUAGAUUUAAAAGAUCACAUAAAAAAAAUGGAGCAACACAAUAAUAUCCUGGAUAGGUAGGUAGAUUAAAUACAUUAAACGCUUAUCUUAUGCCUAACAUAGAGUACCUCUUUCACACGAUACCAUUAAGAGUCCCUAACAAAAAAAAGCAAGAAUAACUCGAUAGAUAAUGAUAGCGCACAUGUGUGAGGGAGGUCUCUCCUUUCCCAAUAUUCAGCUGAUUAAUAAUAAUGAAUAACAAUUCAUAAUAGAUGGGGAAACAUAAACUCUCAAAAAAAAAAAGCGGUAUCAGAUCAAGAAGAAAAAUGUUAAAAAUAUGGAUCCUUUUCUAUUUUUUUGGGCUGGAUAGUAAAAAUUUUAAGAAUUUAAGGAUUGAUAAUGCGACCAUUUCUCAAAUCAUCAAAUUUCUGGCAAAGCUUCAUUAGAAGUGGUUAAAUUAUUUAUAAAAGAUCUUAACAUAACUAACUGGCUAAUAAAAGGCAUAAUUAAAAUUGGUCAGUUGGGCUCCAAUAUAUCUCCCAUUACCUAUUUGGAUAUGCAACAGAAAUAUGGUCUAUCUGAUAAUGAAAAAUUCACAUACUUGAGAAUUGUUAAUUUUAUAAAACAAAAUUGAACUAGUGGACCAUUCCCCUAUAGACACACUUCUUCUAACCUUAGACAGAUUAUUAAUAAAUCUACCCCAGUAGAGAAAAAUUUGAACUAUUAGAAGAUGGGAAGAGAGGACCUUGAUAUUUCUUUUUCCCAUCAAACAUGGAUUGAAUCCAUUGGAUAUCUUAUUAAAUCGGUACAUUGUACAAAUAUGUUGAAAAAUUCUUAACUGGUGGUAUUUAGUUCCCAUAAGAUUAUGUAAAUUUAAAGCUCAGUACUCCAAUCAAUGCUGGAGAUGCAAUAAAAAUCUUGGAACGAUUAAACAUAUCUGACUGUCCAAAAUUUAAUUGGAUUAAAGAGUUUAAAGAUUUAAAAUUAGAAGUAUUGGAAUUGACUCCUGAAAAGUUUGUUUCAUAUGAAUCUUAAAUGUCCGUUAAAUGCUGAAAAAUUUCUGCUAAUUCACAUUUUGAUGGCAACAAAGAUCUGUAUUGCAAGAUAUUGGAAGAGCGGAAAACCCCCCACCUUUAUUGAAAUUACAACCCAAAUAAAUCACCAAGGAGAAAUGGAAAAAGCAGGUUACUUUAAUAAUGGAAACAUCAUGAAAUAUAACAAAAUUUGGGUUAAAUGGCACAAAUACUACAACAUGAGCAUUUAAUUAUACAUUCAAACAAAUUAAAGGACCACUAUAGUGCCAGGAAAACAAACUUGUUUUCCUGGCACUAUAGUGCCCUGAGGGUGCCCACACCCUCAUGGCCCCCCUCCCGCCGGGCUGAAGUUGAAGGAAGGGGGUUAAACACUCACCUUUCUCCAGGCUCCCUCGGACGUCAUCGUCUGAAUGCGCAUGCGUGGCAAGAGCCGCUCGCGUGCAUUCAGUCAGUCCAUAGAAAAGCAUUUUCAAUGCUUUCCUAUGGACGCUGGCAUCUUCUCACUGUGAAAAUCACAGUGAGAAGCGCGGAAGCGCCUCUAGCGGCUGUCAAUGAGACAGCCACUAUUCUCUGAAACUGCUAUAUUUACAGCAGGCAGGGUUAACCCUAGAGGGACCUUGGCACCCAGACCACUUCAUUGAGCUGAAGUGGUCUUAAUGCCUAUAGUGGUCCUUUAAGUCAUUAAUUUACAAUUGAAAUAGUGUCUCGUAACCAACUUUACUAAACAACAUCAAAACACACAGCGAGCCCAUUCUUACAAAAAUGUACCUAUGGCACACACGAUACCCUAACCUACUUAUAUCUAUAUAUAAUUACAUUUUUUUAUAUUUGUUUUUGUCUGUUUUCGUUAUUCUGUGAAUUGUAGGUAUAUUUAUUUAUUAAGACACUACAUGAAAUAAGUUAAUGAGUAAUUUGCACUUAGUAUUUGAGUAAAAUUGGAUUAAUAUCAGCUUACUUAAUUAAUCAUCAAAUUAUGAGGGUCACUACCUAUUACACUAUUCUCUAUUUAUGGUAGUAAUAAGUAACGACAAAAUAAAACCUAACACCAUUUCACUUUGAGGUAGAGAAACUCAAACUAUAUAAAUCUGUAGUUAGUCUGUGUGUAAUUGUUAUUUAUUGUAAUAUAAGGUGUUUAAACUCAAACGAUAUACCGUGUUUCCCCCGAAAAUAAGCCCUAGCUGGAUUAUCGGGGUGGGCUGCAAUAUAAGCCCUACCCCGAAAAUAAGACCUAGGCCCUUUAAAUGCCUCAGCCGCCUGAGCGCUCUAUAGAGAGCGCUCAGACGGCUGCCGCACUGCCUCACCUCACCUACCCUGUGGCGUGGCCGAGCUCCUUUCCGGUCCGCGACCCGCCCGGACUGACAGGAAGUGCACACUGGUCGGCAAUACGGCACAUGGAGAUCGGCCACACAAAGUACAGGAAGGCUUACCAGAGGGGGGGAAGUAUUACAGGAUGGAAGUACAGGAGGAGAGAGUACACAGUGGAGAGAAGGACAGGGAAGGAGGAAGUAGGACAGGGAGGGAGAGGAGGAAGUAGUAUUACAGGGAGGGAGGGGAGGAAGGAAGUAUUACAGAGGGAGGAGGGAAGUAUUAUUACAGGAGGAGAGAAGUAUUACAGGGAGGAGGAGGAAGUAAUACAGGAGGGAGGAGGGAGUAUUACAGGGGGAGAAGGGAGAGGGAGGGAGAGUAUUACAGGGGGGAUACAGGGAGGAGAGGAGAGGGAGAGGAGGGGGGAGAGUAUUACACAGGGAGAGAGGGGGAGAGUAUUACAGGAUGGGGGGAGAGUAUUACAGGGAGGGAGGGGGGGGAGAAUAUUACAGGGAGGGGGAGGGGAGGGUCUCUGGGGGGGGUUACACAGCGCGGACACCGGCUGACAGACUGGCUCUAAGCCCUACCCUGAAAAUAAGCCCUAGUGUGUUUUUUGUGACUAAAAUUAAUAUAAGACCCAGGCUUAUUUUCGGAGAAACACGGUAAGUCUGUAUUGUUAGUUUGUACGUAUUUAAAUGUUACUUAUUGUAAUGUAUCUAUGUUUCUACUUAUGUAAAAAUCAAUAAAAAUUUUAAUCUAAAAAAAAUGCAAUUGAGAGAUCUGCAAUGUAAAGUCUAGAACCUUAUUAAUUUGUUUUUGUUUUUUUCUUAGGGUGGUAAAAAAGGUAAAAGGUGUUCUGAAUCUGAUCAUGGCAGGUGAUCUAGAACUUCCAAGUAGCCUGAAGAUCUAAAGGAGCAUUUUCUAAAAGCGCUAACUUUUCUGCAGAGUUUAAGUACUGCUGUUGAAAUGCCAUACUUUGUUAGUUUUUCAUGUUAAAUAAAACAUAUUCUUCCAUUUGCAUAA